AUGCCCCAGCACACAUCUGGUGCCACACAUCCGGUUGUCAUUCUUGUCAUCUUUUCCCUUCUGACAUACAGUGGGGGCGUACUGGCCAUGGAUAAGGAACAGGUCAAUCGAGGCUCCUUUCAUCCAUUGGCGUAUGACUGUAAGUCUGUUCUGCUAGUUAACCCAGUAACAGGAUCUCUUUGUCUAUACAUAUACUCAAGUCGUUUAUUGAACAAUAUCAUUUCGUUGCGUCUUUAUGAAAAUUGAACAGGUGACAUGUCCACCUCUGAUUACGACUUUUUCAAAUAAAAGACGGAUAGAGCAAAUUCACUAAAGCUACAGUAUCGCUAUGCACACAUGCACAAGUGAUAUGAUUCUGUUACUUCAGUGCUGUAGAAUCUACUUCAGAAAUGUUUGAGCAUUUACUGGAAAGGUGUCAUUGUCUAAUAUAUCACAAAAAACUAACUGAUAGGAUUUGUCGUCCCGCGAAAUGACGGCUCUUAUUAUCCUGUUAAAUUUACAUAUAUGUAAACAAUGAAAAAACAUGACUUUUCCAAACUGCCGAUUUCUGAGAAAACUUUAAUCUAUGUUUAAGUCGGUUCUUGCAUAGUAAGUCUGGAAGGAAAGUUACUUUUGCAAGACUCCCAUCUGUCCCUCGCAAAUUACAACCUUUGACUAAUUUUCCAAAGGCUUUAGGCGCACAAAACAUUGACAUCUUUGUUUACUAAAUCAUACUGACCUAAGUAAUAAAGCAAAUGCCAAACUGUUUCACCAAAAUGGCUUGGAUUUUUAUUUUAUUGAUAUGUUAUGUUAUUUUUAAAUGAAUUUUCCGAAGCCGACUGACAGUCUCUUAAGUUCGAAGAAAGAGUCGACAAAUCUGGGAUGAUGACUCAGGUAUUACCUUUUGUCCUAUGUAAGGCACUGGUGUGGAAAUGAUCAUGACUAGGAGACAGAUCGGGAACCGCGCCUUGUAAAGCCAUUAAAGUUGUGCUCGAUAGAUCUUAUUUUCUCAUAUAUAAGGCUGUGGUUGCUGUCAAGUUUACUUUCAUAUCAAUCAAACAAAUACUAAUGUAUUGGCCAAAAUCUGACAUUCAAGAAUUCCCAUAUCUCACUUAAGCGAUAAAACUUGAUUUUCCCAUUCUCCUUUACCUGGAUAUCUCACCGGAAACACCUGUUAACCGAGCAUAUCAAUCAUUACCAUUUUACUUGCUGUUUUAACUCGACUUUAUGACUCCAGGUUGUUUGGUCUGGUUAGAACACACAAAAGAAGACUCAACUCACAUAAUGCUUACCCCCUAUUAACGGCUGUGCAUCUGAAGUUCUGCCAGCAGACUCGAAUUUUAUGUGGCAUUUUUGUCCCAUUCACGGUAUUCCAAAGUCUAUUGGUAUUGAGCAGACUGAUAUCACCUGUACCCCCAGGGGCGAUAACCAACAAGCACUAAUGCUGCAUUUAAGAUACUGAUUACGGACAGUCACAUUUUAGUAUGCAUACACCUUAGCAGGGUCUGGUUUCUGCAAAUGUUUUCUGCCUCAGCUGUAGAAUAUUUAACUGUGAACUAAUUGACAUCCGUAAACUGGCUUAUUUCGGAAAAACAGCGCAAUUUCAAAAAAACAUUUGAUUGUCAAUUUCGGCCCAUCUCUUCAGUAAUGCAUAUUAGACUUAUGUAAAGUCAUAUCUUCAACGCCUAGCUUAUUUUUAGAGACAAGUAUAUCAAACUACCACCGCUAAAUUGGUCAAUAUUGCUGUACUGUCGGCAGACUCUCAUUAAGAGUCUCAGAAUAUGCACGAAUUUUGUGGUCGGACUAGUAGUCAUUGAUUUGACCUCUUUCAAGGCCAUUUAAGCCGCCGAUCAGUAUUUUCAAUACAGUCACACCUUCUGGGACGCAUUAAGACCCCAGUUCUGAGCAGCUUGCUUAUUCUCCAUUCCUGUAUAUGCAAGUCAAGUUUUAUGGCGCCGUGGGUUGGCUGACGGCUUUUUAGGCCCUCCAAGACAUGCCUUUGCAUUGCAGCCCGCUUAUAGCCUGUUGCCUCUGCACACUUACAGGCAUUUUUCAUUUCCGCACUGUCACGUUGUUUUGGCGCUCUGACCGACUUGUGGACCUUACUCCGAACUCUGCCCAGGUUGCCGGUGCGAAAGCUGACUGAGCGCGUUCCCCGACCCCUCUUUCCGCACAUUCCCUCCCCCGAUCUUGUCGCCACGUACGUGCGCCGGUAUUUUGCACCCUUUUCGUGUACAGAGCUCUUUCCAGGCUCGAUAAACGGCGCAGAGCGUAUGAGCCCAGGCUAUCCAGAAUGCGACCGAUCACACCUCCACAAAUGUGGAAUAAAAUUAGGAGGUAACUUUAGGGUAGCCGUAGUCCAGGCCACCGUUGAUGGCUAGCCUAGGGCUUAAUCUAAUUUGCUUUGUUCGACAGGCGGGACCAUAGUAUCUGCUGAACCCAAUUGCUCACAACAAAGCAUGCAAUUUGCGGGCUGGGAAUUGCAGUCCUGUUAAAAACGGUGUCUCGAUCUUCUGUAUUCUCAAUUUAUUCUAAGUUAGAACCUCUUGCUUCUUAGUGCCGAACCGGCAUUGGUUCCUAAUGUUGCAAGACGGUUUUGUUGAUAAUGGGAAGUUAACAAUUGAUCGAACUCUUGCUUGGGUUUGCUUUAUGCUUGAAUCCUUUAUAAUUGUGGCAUGAGAGAAUCGGUACGUGAGAGAAAACUAUUGCCAACCUGUUAUUUUUACGAGUGUUGAGUGACAGAAUGGAAAGUUCAAGAGAUUUAUUGUGGUGUUUCAUAACGCCGAUGUACGUCAUGAAUAAAGUUCCCACUUCAUAGAGGAAAGUAAUUAGUGUUUUGUGGGUAUUUUUAAGAAAAAUCACCUUGGCUUUUAGAUUAGUGUGUCGUUUACCACUUUAUUCCUCUUUUAUUUGAAUGGCUGGUGAAUUAGAAUAGGGGUCGCAACGUUUGGCUUUCAUGACAAUUUCAAAGGGGGGCUUGCAUGCUGAAUCGAAAAACCUCGACAGAUAGAAGCCUUGUAAUGCGAGUUCAAGGGUAAGUAUUAGGAAAUCCUGUGCUGGUCCUUAAUAAGCAAUCCACUUCUAGACUGAAAAAUAAUGUCGCCAAAAACAGCCGCUUUACAGGAUUAAUAUACUUACUCCUCAGACAGUGCCCCCAAAAAACUAUAGAACAAGAGGUCGUCAGAACUUGCAUGCAGCAAUAUAAACUCUGUAGCUGACAUACAAUGUCUCAUAACACGCAAAUUCAGAAAAGGUUUUCUGGGUGCAGAAAAAAAUAGAUAUUUCAGAUUCACAAUCCAGUCUGUGACAAUAAUGUUGGUGUCGUUUGAGACAGAAUAAAUUUUUUCUGAAGAAGACUUUGGUGAUGCAUUCGAAGGCCAUCAGCUGAGUAGCUUUUUUCACAGAUAUGGUGCGUUUUAUUUACUUAAGCGAAAUCUAAUCCGAUGGUGCAUAGACUAGUUCAUAAGCUGCACGGCAGCUUAAGUUCAUGAUAGCCCCAUCAGCUUUAAAUAAUCACAAAUGACAACACUUUUUCUUAAAUAUCAAAAUUCUACUGUUAGCAAGUUCAAUAAACUAUCGUUCCUGAUUACUUUCAUCCUAGUAUUUAUUUUUUGCCUGAACGUCUCCCACAAACACGUAACGCCCAGCCAGAUGUUCGGAUGAUCUCAGCUAUACGUUCUCUAGUGCAACACAGCUCCUCUCUUAGUCAACGACCACUUAACAUUGACUAGACUUUAGGUCCACUUAAUGCCACUUCACAUCAAUGGUUCGCAAUUGGGACUUCUUAAGCGAUGGGUUGCCAGAUACGUCCAGCUAAUCACCACAGGGCUACACAUUCGAAAAUGCAAUGCAUCUUUUUCAGGUUUUUUUAAUUUGUACUGACCGGGCAACAGUUCGACGGUCGAUUUCGAAGAUGUCCGCCGUGUGCACCACAGCGGCGUGAGAGCAGGGACGAUGACUGGCAAGUUAAUUAGUUAAUACUGAUAGUAACCCUUCACAGCAUCCACCUCAUGCUCUCCUGCUCCUCACUUUGUCCCGGUGUCAAGACAGAGUCAAGAAGAUCGGAGGCGGGAGAGGCGGCAGGUAGCUGGCACAACAAAACCCCGCAUCCAGGCGCACCGCCGCAUUCCCUGGUCCCCAAGGGAUACUGACUAGGAUUUUAUACGACAACCAAAAUGGAUGGGAAGCACGGAUCCCAAAUGGUGCGACGUAAGUCGCCAACUGGGCCUGGGCAUUUAGUAUGCGUGCGGACUCCUGCCAGAAUCCUACGUAGCUCCUACGUUGGUCCAGCACGUGGCCCGUUUUAGAGAAAUUCCAUAUAGCCACUAGUUGUGCAGUCACUUUUAAUAUUUAACAUUUCCCGACCACAUAUGUAGACUGAGAGUUCUUUCAACAAGGCUUUCAAAGCACUCAUGCGAACAUUCCGAGGUCUAUAUGAGUUCGACUACGUGCUCAUGUUUAGGUGAAUCAUUUCAGAUUGAAAUCAAAUCUUAUCCGCCAUAUUUUCGUGAUGUCCUUUCAACUUGUCGUAAUGCUGAAACUUCUCCUUCACGUUGAUAAGAAUGGUUUGCCGGCCUCUGUCUCGCUGUCAAAUCAGUUCUUAUCAUGGCAGUUGUGUGAAGUCUGGUAGGGAUGGAAAAGUGUCUCCUAUAAGGGUUACUAGUAUUUUAAUAUAAACUGGCUUAGUCAGAGUAUUAUGGGAUUUGCAUUGGUAUCCCAUGUAUAGCUAGUUGUACCUGUCCGUUUUGAGCGAACCAAUGACUUCAGAAUCUCAUUUUGUCUUGGAUUUUCUAACGUUUUUAAAAUAUUAGAAACAGUAGUGGUGCAGCCUUGAUUAUAAAUUCUGUGUAAAACAAACCGUCUGCAAAAUGCAUUUCCCCUCCUUUCCGACUAUAUCUUCCCGUCAAUAGGACCAACGCUGAUUACGAAUUUAGAAUAUGUUUCAUCUUAAGUGGACUUCUUGCAGCGAAAUGCGGUCAGCAGGAGAUUUCUGCUUCACCUAGUACUGCUACCAUCCCGCUUUACUGGAGCUGUUUGACUGUCUUCAUUUUGGUUCUUGUGCGUUAAGUAGGUCUGUGGGCUGAGAAGGCGGAGCAAGGUUGUUUGCGGGUCACAUUUACGUUGCUCCUAAAUUCACUCAGAAUGCAGAAGCACUUGCAGAGUUGCAUUCGGUAAGAAUAGGGUGUAGGGCCUCCAAGUAAAUGGCAACGCCAAAACUAUGUCCUAAAAAUCCGUGUGACUGUAAUUGUCAUUCAUUAUUCACCGUUCCCAUUGUUUGAAGUUUCCCUAUCUGCCUGACUAGAUGCAACUUUACCAGCGGCGCUUUAUUCAAAGUCCGAUAAGCCUUUCGGUAGAAAUGUACUAAUUUUCUGUGUCUUCUUGCUCUCCGUACUGUGUGUUGCCCCACCCGUAAAACCCCCUCUGCUACCUCUCGGCGUAUGCAACGGUCCACAGGCUAGCUCAUGUUAGUUGGGGGUCCCACAACCUAUCGUUACCCUAUAUUCUACUUAAGGUUGUUUGAUUAAAGGUCUUUGGUCAGAAUUGAGAUGUGCAGGCGUAACCUUACCUAAUUAUCGUUCCAUGGCAUCUUACUACGUUUGCGGUUAUGAUAUCUCUGCUCAGUGACAGGAACCAAACAAGAUGUUUGCGAAAUAUGCAAGAAACUCUUACCUGCCAUUUGAUUCAGCAUUCCCAGGCUAUUCCUUAUGACUACUACUGUUUUCUCUUCCUACUGCUUAUAGCUGAACCUUAAAGUUAUAAUACUAAAAUAUGAUAGAAAAGUACUAGUUGAAAAGGUAAGGGAGACCACCUAAAACAGGCCACGUCGGAUUUGCGCUACGUCGACAGAGAGGACGGAUUAGGGCAGGACACGCGUUAGUCGGGUUACGCAGAUUCUCCGCAGCUCAUAACGAAUGCCACGCGUUAGGGGGCACGUCUGGGCACAGGCAUAUGCCGCACCAGCCACCAGCGCGUAAGCCCUGCAUCAGAGGGCUGGUUGGCUCGGACAACAGACUGGUGCAUGGGGGCAGGGAUGGGAGAGCAGGGUCGACACUGCGGAAUCCUUUUCCUCGACACUUCAAGGCAUUUCUCACGUGCUUGAUAGUAUUACCUUGCGUUAAAUGUCCUGGCUUGGAAGCUUGUCAGUUGGCAGGGCAAAUCAGUCUCCUCAAGUUGGAAAAUCAGGCUGAAAUGGUUCCUCCUUAAUGUGGCUUAUAUUGCCCUCCAGAAAUUUGGCCAUCUUGGUCUGUGAAGCAAGAGGAGGGACCAGCUUGUGUAUACGCAGAUAUUGCAGCUUCCGCACGUGAUGUCCCUCCGUAGAUGGAACCGCGAACACUUCAAGACUACUCGGACCGGAGUAUUUUACCCAUUGUUUCGUCAUCCGUCGAUUGCUGAGGUGCAGCAGCUUCUACGAUCGGAGGGCUGUUAUCCGCGGUAACGGACUUGGUGCAGAGAUUGUUUUCCUAGCACUGAGGUGGACGCGGAGCCGCCCAAUCAUAGAAAAUCAGUUUCCAUGUAAAAGUCAGGUGAGGAGAGUCUGAUCAACGUUGUCUAUUUUCCUCGGCCAACUGGUAUGCGAUAUUUGAUGCUGUAGUGCUUGUGGGCGUGUACCUCAAAUUGGCCGCGCUGAGUCUGGUUGGGGUCUCGUUCAUAACUAACCAUGCGCGUAACAUGUGCCAUGCGGCAGUUCACGCCAUUUCGGUCAGCGUGCCUAGUCUCAUCACCAGCCCCCCAGAAGACUCGGAUGGGCCGCUGGUACACGGGUAAGGAGGAAGAGUGUGGGACCAAUACUGAAGUACUGCUCAUGGCUAUGAAUAGUGUUCCACAUUAAAAUAAAAGGCACGUCCUUGUGUUUGGUAACGUUAAACUGCUACAUCCUAUCACGUCAGCCAGAUCACCACUUUUAUCCCCAAUCGGUUCUACCUAAGCGGGCCGCUGAUAUCUAAACGAGGGAAGAUUACUUGAGCUCUGCCCACCUUGGAUCCACCUCAGUUAUCCUCUUAAGAUAUGCACGAAUGCACGAAAGUAUGCUUUCACCAUACUCCAAGAUAUUACCAAUCGCAUUUGAAAAGCCUGCAACGCAGGAAGUAGUUCAAUCCUUCUCUCUCUUGCGGGUGAAGUUGUGAUUACUCUUUCGCGAAGUGGCGUUUUUAGAACUCUCGCCUUUGAGAGACUUGAUAUCACCUCUCUUUUUGAACAAUGGUUUGUGCAAAUUUAGGGGACUGCACAUGGGUGACACGCGAAUCACGGUCGUUUAUCCUCUUUAGUCACUUCGGCCACGUUCUUUACCGGUCUUCUUUACUCUGACUCGCUAUUGGAACGCUCUGUGUGAGAAGAAAGCAUGAGGUAGACGCGGCGAAAGUCCGAUUCGCUUUGGAGAGAUUUAACUUUUUGUCAUCGCCCCAUAUCUAGAAUGUAAUAAUUCUCGUAUCUCGCGAUGGGUGAGCUUGGGAACGAUGGUUUCCAAAAUAACCUUUAAGGUAGAUUUGCGUAGAUGACAUGUCUUGCUUCCUUGCCGCUUCUCUACAGUAAUUCAUGUUUAAUUCGUCUUCAACUCUGUUCUUUACGACAGAUUGUUAUUCUUUUCAAUCCUAUUAGGGAGUGACCCGGGACUACUGGUUUAUAUCAAGGCCUUCAAAUAUAGGAAUGUAGUUGGAAAUCUAUUUGUUUUAGCCUUGCGGAGCUAUUGAAAUUUUAAGUCGAUUUGAAGUCUUGAGUAUCGUGAACCACCCACUAUCCUUCCAACUUCAGAACCCUCGGAAGACAACUAAAGAAUAAGUAGUUUGAAAAACAGGCCCAGGCUAAAAGUUAAUUGUUUUUGCACACCCAUUGUCUGAAGACGAGCUGGGGAACCAGUCUCGAAAAUUCUCAAUAAAAUUUUGCUGUUUCCCAAAGAACUUCAUCUUUCUAAUAAGUAGUUUGUAGUUCUCACUUGACAGUAGCGGGCAUUUCAUGUACUUGUGUCAUAGAGCAGCGUGCUGAUGAGGAUGGAUUUAAACCACCAAGUUAGGGCUGAUUCUGCGCGACAGAAUGCAGCUUGCAAGUGGUCAGACUGGUGCUCUACAUCCGGCCUGGUAUUUCGCUCUAGAUUGCAAUAUUUCCUUGAAUCAUGAUUCCCGCGUAAGUCAACAUGCCUGGACGGUCAGAUGAUGGUCGGGGACGUUCAGCAUCUAUGCCGUUAGGCGGCUGUUGUGUGCCUUGCGUUCAGUCAGUCCAGGUCUUCUCACCAAGAGAUGGAACAGUCCAGGAUGCGCAGCCUGUCAGCCUGUGUUGUGGCGCUACGUGCGCAGUCUUUAGAGGUCACAAUUUUAUUAUACCCCGUCAAUGAAAGCUGUCGCAAAGACCUGCAUUUUACGAGCAUUUAGGCGGCUUUUAUUUUAUUCCUUACGACGUUCAUUAGAGUGAGCUACAGCCAACACUACGCGCAUUAGGACUAAAAAAGAUCUGGCUGGGUACUUAGUGCCAUAGCAUUGUGUCGGCCGUGGCGAAAACUGAGUUCGACCAGUUUUCGGGAACCUAGGCCUGCAUGACGUUGCGGGAUUGCCGUACCACCUUUUAAAAUAUGUCGUUCUCCCCGUAUUAUUUCCAGCCCAAUUUCUUUUUACAAAAUCGAUUAUCUUUAUGAGACUGUCGUUGAUAAAGCGGAAGCUUAUCCGCAUUCCUGGGUACUUCUCUCGGCAAAGACCAUGAUUCUACGGUGAUCCUCUAAAAUACACAAACCAUAUCACAGGCCUUGUCUGAGAUGCGAAGUCAAACGAUUAGGAUGAAUACAGGCGGAGUUUCUGCAAACGAUACAGAGUACCUUAUGCAGAAGGCAUUACCGACAAAGUUAAGGGAGACUGGAAUGGCCAUUUCUGGCUUGUUAGCCGUAGUCAGCCAGCCAUACCCAACCCCGAAGUGUGAAACACCCGAGGCUCGAACUCGCGACCUGUUAUUUAGAAUUCAACGCCUCUAGCCACUGAGCCACGAGCCCGUUGCCUUAUAUUGGUCGGUUUUAUUUUGCGUUUUGGGGGCUCAUGAUAACCACAUUCGUGGGGUUUCGCGUCGUUCGUCCUUCCUCUCACAACUAUGGAAAGAAUGCAUCAGUGUCCCCAGGGGCCAAAGGCUUCCAUACUUGUAAGCAUCAGCUGAAAUUCAGUCGACAGUUGCCUCAGGGAUUUGAGUGAUACAGUGUCAGCUUUAAUAUUGACUAGUAGAAGUUUGCAAAUGCCCUCGUUGUGGAUUGGAGAUGGAUACUUUGCGACCUUCCGAAAAUUCUCAGCACAAAAGUCCCUGAUGAAGAAAUUUCACGAAGACAAUAUUCUUUGGCCUGGACUAAGUAACAGACCAGACUUUGCAAACUGUUAGUCAUGUAAGGUAUUGAUAGCAGCAAGGUUGAUUAUGUUAUGGUAUUCUGCAAAGUCCUAAACUUCCAAUCCUUUACUAUGUAUCAAACUUUAAACAUCCCCAGAGUCCUUUUUUGCAGUUUUAUUUUCACUGAGGAAAACACAGAUUGGGUUGUUUGGCUUACGUAAGUCUGGUACAGUGUAUUCGUCCCGGACAGCAGUCAUUAGAUCUUCUCGUGCAGGCGAAAUACAGUAGGUGGGCUAACUCAUUAAAUUUCAACCGAAAUUCCCAAGUGCGUUUUCGUUUCGAAAAGAUUAAUUAAGUGGGGUUGCAAAAUAAUCGUCGUGCAGCUUAAUUUUAUAAUAGUUCAGUUACCACAGGGUGCCAGCUUUUGAAAGAAUUUCUUUUCGGCUGCACGCAGAAACUAGACUCUGUAAAAAACGACUGCUUGCGUAGCAUGCAUUUUUCUCAUUGAUUUUCGAUGCCCUUAAAAAUCCAGUAAUAUUUCAUGGAAAACAUGCAUAAAAAUAUUCAUUCUUUUACUCAUUCGGUCGAAAAUUACGUCUUCUUCCAAUUUUGUAUUGGAAGGAAGGGUAUAAUUCGGUUUUCAUUAACUUAUCCAAUUCCCGAAUAAUUUUGAACCCGCUCUACCCUCACACUUGCAUUCAGAGUUUCCAAGCUACAAACCACGUAUUCUCCAUGUACAGCAAACCACACAUUUCUCUACGAUAUUAAGAGGAGACCGCGUGGGGUUCAUAAAAGUUAGCAGUGGAUUUCAGCCAUAUUUUUGACUUUGCAAGCCACAUUGGUGAAUGCUGAGACAUGACGUUUUAUGAACGGCCAUUUCACGACAUUAAAAAUCUCCCAAUUAGAAACAUUUUUGAAACCAAAUUGUACCCUUCCUUUGAGUAUAAAAUUGGAAAAAGAUGUGAUUUUCUACCGAAUGGGCAAAAAAUAAAUAUUUUAAUGCAUGCUUUGCAUGAAAUCUAACUGGAUGUUUAAGAACAUCGAAAAUCAAUGAAAAAAUUUAUGCUAAUUAAAUAUUCAUUUUUACAGAGUAUAGUUUCUACGUUCAGCCAAAAAGAAAUUCUUUUGAAAAUCGGCAUCCUGAGGUAACUGAAUUAUUUAAAAAUUAUAAUGCACGACGAUUAGUUUAACAACCCCAUUUACCUAAUCUUUUCGAAACGAAAACGCAUUUGGGAAUUUUGGUUGGCAUUUCAUGAGUUAGCCCACCUACUGAAUUAGAGCAUGAGAUGUGAGGCGACAUGAAAAAUAAUACGGUGUCUGGAAGUGGUCUUUUGGCCUGCCACGUUCUUUGAGUGUCGCCCAUCUUAGGUGUGUUACACUUGGCAUUCCCCGUUUCCGAAUACGAAGAUGCGAUCAUUGGAACAAAAGUCUAUCAGCCUGACGUUUCGGAUUUUCACUCGAGCGCAUCAUCAGAGGCGAUCGCAGCCUCCUGCGCCGAUCGGCGAUGACAAGUGUUGAGCUAUUACUUUCUUAUUUGGUUCAGUAGGAUAAGUUUGCCAGAAAACAAUAUAUCUUCUGUUGGCAUCCCAAGGUUUGGUGAAAGGAUCACGCGGAUAUGCAAUUAGAUUGGCCUACGUUCGCUCAGGUCAGGCAGCGGACACUGACUUGUCAAUAGACGUCAAUGUCAGUGCUCACGUUCCUCCCACUCACCCCCCUCCCGCCCCCUUGAUGCAAGAUCCACCGCUACUUCAGACUCUGACGGCCCUCAGGCUCCCCUGCCUGACGACGCGUCACCGCCGUUGACUUUUCCCUGGCGUGCCCGCUUAGUCCUGUCAAAUGCUGCGCCGUCUGUAGGUUUAAAAGAGUCAUCUGAUUGAUAUCACGACCAGUGGACAAUCCUACUGUCGGUGAAAAAUUCAGACUGCAGUAGGUGUGCUAACUCAUUAAAUGUCAACCGAAAGUCCGAAAUGAUUUUUUGUUUCAAAGAGAUUAAUUAGGUAGAGUUGUAAAACUAAUCAGUCUGCAGUAGAAUUCUAUAAUAAUUCAGUUAUCUCAGGAUGGCGGCUUUCGAACGAACUUCUUUCCUGUCGCAUGCAAAAAGCACACACUUUCAAAAAUGACUACUUAAAUAGCAUGCAUUUUUCUCAUUGAUUUUCGAUGUCCCUAAAUGUCCACUUACAUUUCAUGGAAAACAGGCAUACAAAUAUUCAUUCUAUCGCUCAGUCGAUAGAAACUUUCGUCUUCUUCCAAUCUUAUACUUGAAGGAAGAGUAGAAUUUGGUUUUUAAAAGCUUUUCCAAUUCCCGAAUCAUUUUGAACCCGCUCUACCGUUACACUUGGAUUCAAGGUUUCGAAACUACAAGCCGUAUAUUUUCCGCGUACGGAAAACCACACAUUUCUCUACCGUAUUAAGAGGAGACUAUAUGGGGUUCAUAAAAUUUAGUGGUGGAUUUGAUCCAUGUCGUUAACUUUACAGGACACAUUGGCAAAUGCAGAGACAUGACGAUUUAUGAAUGGCCAUUUCACGGUAUUUAUUUGUUCCACCAUUAGAAACUUUUCUAAAACCGAAUUAUAUCUCUCCUUUGAGUGUAAACCGGAAAUAAAAUGUAAUUUUCUACCGAAUGAGUAAAAGACUAACUAUUUUUGUAUACGUUUUCCGUGAAAUAUAUCUGGACAUUUAGGGGCAUCGAAAAUCAAUAAAAAAAUUCACGCUACUUAAGAAGUCAUUUUUACAGGAUAUAGUUUUUGCAUGCAACCAAAGGAAGUUCUUUCGAAAGUCGGCAUCCUGAGGUAACUGAAUUAUUAUAGAAUUAUAUUGCAGACUGAUUAGUUUAACAACCCUACUGAAUUAAUCCUUUCGAAACGAAAAGGCAUUUCGGGAUUUCAGUUGACAUUUCAUGAAUUAGCCCACCUACUGUAUCUUCUUAGUCCUACCUCCUUUAAUUUUGUUUUAGGACUGGUUCAAUUUACUUGAAUGUCUGCCGUUAAGAAAGUAGGCCAGAUCACUUUAAAUGUCUAAUUCCUUCCUGCCCUUAAGCAUUCGGCCCGUCUAUGCGGCUACUCAAAUAAAGCGAGGCUACUGAUAAAAAUGGAUGGAAUCAUAGGGAUUCCGCUCGAGUCCUCCGCAAUACACUUCAAUUUACGUGUUAAGCAAACUGGGUAGGAAGCCGUCGGUCGCCGGCAAAUGUCGGCCUUUUGCGUAAAAACGUUUUCGCUUGCUGUUUAAAAACAGGCUGGCGGGAGGGUUCCGCAUGGGGCGAUAAGAGUAAAUAAGAUCAAUCGAGAUUAACGGGGCAAAGCCUGCGAGACUCUUCAAAGAAUAUGAAAAUCUACCCUUCGAUUAUCAGGAAAAACUCGCGAAAGCGGUCUUCGUUCACACCAGUGUCUUGGUCCCCAUAAGAGUGUCAGUUCAAUAACCGUUAAUUUUCAUGAACCACGGCAACGAAGAGUGUGGGUGCAGGAAAACAUGUGCCAGAACCCCGAGCAGUGCACAUUAGGACCAAAUAAUUUGAGCAUAAACCUUGCUAAGCAAACCAAUCAGUGUCUGAUUAGCCAGCAUUAGUUCUGCCUUUUGACUAAAAAGUACUGGUUGGAUAUAUUUCUCUAAAAAAUGUCGUUGCCAAAAAUAUGCAACACCUUCUACUUUGCGUAUAUGCAGAUUCUUUGGUAUGUAUACGAGAAGCUGCUAAUCAGAUCGCAAGCGUACAUCUGCUGUUCUGUUGAGAUUGCCAUAUGGGUUUACAAGUGAGUCCUAACCAGUCGGAUUUCAGCGUCUUUUUGAUCUCUCAGUUAUUUUCUCGCUGACGAACAUUUUGCUUUGUACUACUCCAAUCUGGCCCUCUAUGUUGAUGAGCAGCUUUACUACGUUCGACGCCAGGGGUUUGCGAGCAUGUGUUUUUAAAUACUCAAAUCAGAAUAAAGGUAUGAAAAUGGCCUCAGUGCUUACCAAACAGCAAAUCCUAAGGACGGUAUAACAAUUAUCCCUCGAAAGUUGUGUCAAGUGUACAGUGAGUGACCGAUCUGAUGAAAUGUUGACCACAAUUUCGAAAUGCGUUUUCGAUUAGGAAGGAUCACUUUGGUUGGGUUGUAAUACCGAUUAUCUUGCGGCAUAAUCCUAUAAUAUUUCGGACUCGGCAGAAUGUCAGUUUUUGAAUGUAUUUCUUUUCAAUCUUCUGUAGAAACCGUAUCUGGUAAAAAAAUAACAACCCAUAUCGCAUGCAUUUUAUCAUUGAUUUUCGACGGUUUUGCAAAUUCAAAUAUAUUUUAUAACGAACAUUAACAAAAGCACUCUUUCUCUCACUCGUUUAAUAGGAAAUCAUGUCAACCUCAUAUUUUAUACCCGAAGAAUGAGCAUAAUUACAGUGGGUGGAAUAACUCAUGAAAUGUAUCGAAAUUUACGAAUGAUUGCUAAUCACUCGAGAACCAACACCAAUCUGUGGACCCAAUAUCUAUGCUAGUAAAGCACAAUUUUAAGAGAAUUAAAAGCAUGGAAUAAAUAAUAAGGACAAUGUUGUGUUGUUUAGAAAUGCCAAUUUUUUAGAAAAGCGCAAAAUCCCGAAAACGUGACAUGAUUCCCUAUUAAACGAAUGAAAGAAAGAAUGUUUUUGUUUAUGUUCGUUAUAAAAUAUAUUUGAACUCGCAAGACUAUCGAAAACGAAAAAUAAGCGUGCAUGCGACAUAGGUAGUCAUUUUUUACCGAGUACGGUUUCUAAUGGAGAAUAAAAAGAAGUACAUUCAAAAGCCGACAUCCUGCCGCAAGAUAAUCGAUAUUACAACCUCACCAUAGUAAUCCUUCCUAAUCAAAAACGCACUUCAGAAUCGUGGCCAACAUUUCAUGGGAUCAGUCACUCGCUGUAAAUAACUCUCGCCGAUCUGUCACGACUAAAAGAUGGAUCCCGGAACAGGUUUGACAUUAAGUGAAGUUUCGAUACUAUGCAGGCAGUCGUACAGUACAAAAAUCCAUUAUCAGAAAGGGUCACCGACAGAGACAGGGGUGAAUGCAGUGACCAUUUGUAACAUACUUGCAGUCACCAAUCCGUCACGCCCGGACAACAUAGACGGACGACUUGGAGCUACGACGCGCGUUAUCGGACCACCAAGCAUAUGAGUCCAAAUAUCUGCCAUACAUCACAGACGAAAAUCCUGCCAGCUAUGACUGGCAACAUAAAUACUUAAGUGUAAAUGAAAGUGACGGGCGAUUCCUUAUUGACUUGGAGCUUCGGUCCGGGUUCUUCAUUUAGUUAGAUGGCUACCGGCGCUCACUUUGCGACGCGUCACCGGCAGGGAGAAUGAAAACUGUAGUUCAACAGUAGGUGCUUCCAGACAUCGGUCUAGAACAACUUGACCGUGGGCUUGGACGGCGGUCUGAGCCUUUACUUCAAUUCGGCAGAUUGCCAAGUAUUCAGAAAUUGAAAUACUAUGACCAGGGUUUCAGGAACAGGAGGCGUUGGUCACAAACGCUCGAUUAAAAUUUAUCGGCUUUGUCAACAUGCCCCUCCGAGAACCCCUUACAUCCUUAACAAGUCAGCUAGAAACACUAACGAUCAAGAAAUUUACAGAAACGUCUGUCAUUAAAUACAGUAAUCAACGGGCUUUAAUAAUGCUUCAUUUAUGAUAAAAGUUUCCCUGGGCUAAUAUCCUGAUAUUUGCUUCAGUCUUAAAAGUUAUUUAAGACGUACUCGUCCUGACGGGUUCUCGCGGGAAUAUCCUACAUCUGCUAGAAACUGGCAACCAAGCGUCCUGCGUAUUGCCCAGCCCAAGGGGAGCUCAAAGCCUAGCCCCCAGCCGAGCACUAGCUUCGACUACUACUCGUUAACCUGAAUCCAUGUUAUCUAAAGGGUUUAAAAGUGCAAACUGAAGAAGCUCGCCGGUGCGCUCACGAGGACAUGCCAGCGAGUUUCAAUCUGAAAUGUACAUUUCCAGCGCAGAUUACCUUUCUCAUCUGUUUAUGCCUCAGGUAGCGUCUCUUCAUGCACGAACGUCGUUAUCUCAUACAGCCUAACUGCCUGCCGGCGAGUUGCUUCCAUUUCCCCAAAAAACACUCGUGCUUCCCGAUUGUUGGUGAUUUCGUGUUUCUUCUAUCUCUUUCAGCCUGUGAGCAGGAUGACCUACUAGGAAUGAUCUCGCUUGCUAUUACCGACACCCAGAUCACGGCCUCCUCAGUUCUGAAUAGCGCAUGGUCUAAGGACUGCGCGCCAGCUAAUGGACGUCUGUAUCUGCCCAAUGGUUUGGCGUGGUGCCCCAAGUACAAGUCUUCUACAGAGUGGCUCCAAGUGGACCUCGGAAUUCGUGCAACGGUACUCCUAAAAAGACCACCUUGGUUUUUCCUAUUCUGACUGGUUACAUAGAGAUAUCUGGAGAAGGACGUAUCAACGUGUCCUCACAGAUUAAGGCUUAAACUGAAAAUUUGCAGCUUCCUAUGUAGACGUAUUGUCGACUAUGAACAGACUCGUUUAAACGGUUAGCUUUUUGCUAAAGCGACUUCAGUGAAUAAAACAUAUAAAACUCGGUUUUACGGCCAUGUAUGUCUCAACAUUUAUUUCUUCUAAAGAAGGCAUUCUGGUCAGUCUCCAAAUAAUUUUAAGCUCUUACUAUUUCACCUCAGUUUGUGUGCAAUUUUCGUAAGUUUGCUGAACUACAAGUGUGAUUGCGUUUGCAAGGGAAAUAUUCCUUCGUACUAUUUGUAGUGGCGAUCUGCACGCCAACACAUUUGGUGUUUCGAUGUUAUAAAAUUCUUUCACUUAUGUUAUGAACCAAAUUGACUUUUCAGUAGUGCGAGAAGACCAAAUCAUCGAUAAACUGGCAUAUGAUAUGCCCAAAAUGGCCAUUAAUAAUCUUUUAAGACUUUAAGAGCGUCAGAUAUUCUGGUAGAACACGUCUAUACAAUUAUUAAUUAAAAAUGAGGUGCCUGGUUUCCUUUGGAAUUCAUAUUCAUAUUGACCCAACUAGUAGUCAUCUGGUGGAUUCUAGGUGAAUUACUUAGGAAAUCCUGCUUGGGCAGUCAACUUACUGUAUCAGAUUUGGUGGAUUCCAGACGUUGCAGUAGGUUGGGCGGGUAAUUUGACCCAAGUGUGAUAAAACUCGCGUCGUCCGGCGGGGCCUCGUAGCUCAGGUGGUUAGAGCGUUGGCUGUACUAAAGCCUUCCCCCUUACUGCGUGGGUUCGAAUCCCACCGAGGCGCCGAGUUUUUCACAGUUGGGUCAAUAUGAAUGAUUCAAAAUCUGCCAAAAUAUCAAUAUCAAUCGUUUGGAAUUAUCAAACUUUGUUCGCAUUAUGCAGCUGCAUAGCAUGAAUUCAAAUGCCUUCAUCUAUAUUUUGUAUUUCUUUUUCCAGAAAGGCAUUUUUUAGAUCUUAUUAGCUCUAAAAGGCGGCUUCCUUAUGUAUUUACAGGGCGCAAUCGCCCGAAUUUGUGUUUUGAGUUGACACAUAUGGUGCUAGUACUAAAUAUCCUUUCUGUUGUUGAGGCUGCAAUAUUAACUACAUUUCGUCCUCUGUCCUCCAGAUAAAACAUUGCGUCAUAAGGCGUGUAGCCCAGCUGAAAUAAAGUCCCAGUACACCUUUUAGCCCGGAAAAGAAAGAGGGCACUUGGUGUUUGAUAACGUCACAAAGCAGUUAUCACAAAUGCUCUAUAAAGUGUCACCUGACAAAAUCCUCUUAUUUAUGACUAAAGUGGAAACAUUAGCGCCGCAUUAAACGGGCGAGUGAGGUAGCAAAUGCCCCGUCGUAUAAACAGUUUACACACACCAGAUGUUUUAAAAAGCAACUUUAUACACUAUGAUAUUGUUAAUAUUCUAGUAGUAGCCUUUAAUAAUCGACCUGUGUCAACUAGGAUUCACUAUACAUAUGUCCUUUUUACAACAAAAGGCGUCGACUGUGGUCGUAAUGUUUUUCUUAAGCAGACUUCAAGUCUGUCAAACGCUUUGCUCUCGUACACACAACGCUUUUGUCGGCAGCCUUCGAGUUAAUUUUGCAAGGCAUCUGGAGCGGAGAGCUGGUUUGUAGCCGAGGUUCUAACGACUUUAGGAGGUGUUGGUGUAGUUUACAAACACAGCCUGCUGCGCAGCUUCAACCUGAGGUACGAAUUUGUCUGAUUCACUUUGGCCUUGGAGCUGAACGCUCUUAGGUGGCCACUGUGUAACGCGGAAGCACACGAAGGCCUCAAACUACGCACAUAAUUAACACUCAUAAGACCUCAAAAGGGCGGAAAAACUUAAAGACGAGACCCGACUAUGCCGCCGUUUAGUGCCGCUCGCCAACCUUAUUGCAAUUCCAUGCAAAUUAACUGCCUACACGACCUAAAGCGCAGCCUUUAAAAGGCAAAAGGGGAAUUGUUUGAGGCAGUGGGCCGUGGUGGCCUGCUAGCUGGCAUAUGCAUUUGAUGUAGGUAAUUUUUUUAGAAAAGUGUAUGUCUAUUUGGUAGUGGAGGCGCAUUGCUUUUCUUCUCGCAAACAAGGCCAUAAUUCCCGGUUCGCGAAAAAAAUACCAACUGACGGGACGUUUCUCCGCUGCAUCCUUAAUAUCAACAUGAGUUUGAAGUAGACCAUGUUCACGAAUAAGGGACGGAUGAUUAUGCUCCAGAUGUAUCUACGAGUAAGGUAGAAUAGGAGGUUUAUCGAGUACCGGGACCAUUUCUAUAUGUCCGAGUUUAAAGACGCGUACCGGAGUCCAUUCUCAGAGAUGACAGUAUCUCUAAAGGACAAGUGACUGUUAUAGAGCUUAUUUCCCAAUUAACGGCCAGUAUUACGAGUUCGAAUGUGACUCUGUGUGCGGACGCUAGAUCAGUACAUUGGUCGAUUGCAUUCGUAUCAGAGACCUAGGCUUAAAUCAACUCUCGGCUUGUCUUGCUUUCGACACUGCCAAUUAUCAUCAUGUCUACGAAAUUCAAUUCAUGGUCAGUUUCGAAGGUGUGGACAGCCAAAUGUGCUAAUUCGGCCCUCUGUCGCACAGCCAUCUUCUGCCUAUAUGUGCGCAAUCCGGCAGUGCGUUUAGCCUGACGUGCGUAAUUAAACAGGUUGGUUUACCGGCUCAGAGAGUCGGCUAGUGCGUGGAAGAGGAGAGUGAGAGCGAAAGCAAUCCUGGUCAAUCCAUCCGCACGGCACUUUAGAGCAUCCCUCACUCUGGUAAAUCUGACACAUACUGAAACUCUCACGACGCGCUAAAAGUCGUGGCUUGGAAGACUGCCAAGUGGCAGGGCAAAUCGAUUCUCUCAAACAAUACUGUGUGCAUGUGGGGUAACUAGCUCAAAGACUGCAAUCCAGAUUCAAAGGCUCCUUGGCACUCUGACUGAGAUGGGAUCCGAACCGCCUCCUUCUCUUUGUGAAAACCUGGGCCACUGCGCUAGGACCGGGUCGUGUGUUGCGGGUGCUCGGCGCCCUGGCCGCUGCGCGUCACAUUUGCUCUCGGGCUCGCGUGCAACUUCGAGCACAAUGAAAAUUAACCAAGUUGUUCCUGUGCUUGAGCAGCCUCCUUCUUUUUUAUUCAUAGACAAAGCUAGUUGGGCACGGAAAUACCUGUAUGAUAUAAGUUUUCGAACCUGUUUCCCCAGCUCGUAGUCAGACUUAUGAACAAUGUAUACAAGCACUUAAACGCUGCCACAUCUAACGACAGAUUUAGUGGCUGUAUGAACUUUGUGCCAAUAGGCCAUCAUGACAUUCGGCUACCAGGUGGGGUGAGGUAACUGUGUCAGUCUCCGCUGAUUCUUGAUAAUAUUGUACGUAGUUUUUAAAUGAGCAUGCCUACUGAUGCAUAUCUUGUCUCAGUACACCGCUUCUAGAAACUCACUGAUACGUGUUUAGGCAGGUGCCAGUGGUGAGCGUUUUCCAACUUGCAAGCGCGUACCUUUUUUCUAGUGCGUGCAUGAAUACCUGAAACAAACUGCCUUGACUCCUCAUCAUUAGCUGCUUAUCACAUAUACCGCAGAUGCGGGUUUUUAGGUUUGGCCGCAGUAGAUUGCAUCAUAGCUGGCGCGUAGAAUUUUACGAAUGAUUUCCUCUCUAUCGAUAUUGCCAUAGGAUGUAUACGUUGGAUGCGUAAGGUAGUCAUAAGUCCGUAUGCUACCUGCGUCCGGUGUUUUUUGGCUGACUGCCGACUUUGCUAUUUCCCAAAGAACUUGAUCUAUUCCAGCACAUGCCCACUAAUAAGGCGUCGCCCGUACACUUUUCUUUGGCGUUGGUGUUGAUGCUUGUGCCCAAGCAGAGUCUCACUUUUUUCGCUUCCUUCCUCUAUCUCUUCUUAAUUGUGUUUAGGGUUGCCAUAGCUUUCCCACCCCAACACCUAUUUAGCGUUCCUUCGGUCCCUUGCCAAGACAACGGUGAAACAGCAAGCCUGACAACAAAAGGAAACGAAUAGUCCGCAUGCAUGGGCACUUUAGCGGCUUGCCAGGUGUUGCGCCUGUCAUGCCUGACAUCACUACCGUCUCCUUUUUCUGACGUCACCAGUGGAGGUGAGGGUGGGGAUGUUAGAACACGGUUCUCGCAACCUCCAAUUUGAAAGUAACAUCCAGUCGGCUAUUACGCCUGCGUUUUCUCUCCUUGCCCUCAGACUGGUUAAGGUUUUUAGCUACGUCUGCCUACGUUCACGAGACCACCCGCAUUAUUGGCAUGCUCAUUCCAUUCGCUCUUUACCCUUGACCUUUGAAUUCGAUUUUUAAGUGUGCUCGGAUAAGCGAAAGUUGGAAGGGUUGAUCUUCCGAACUUUGCGUCAUUUCACUCAUUUUUUUCUGUUAGACUCUCACAUUAACGUCCGUGUUUGCCUAGUGAGACCAGUCGUUUCUGGAUCGAUCGUAGCUCAGUUUUCGACGCUAUCGUUUGAACAGCCAUGCCCUGUCCAACUUUCCGAGUAGGUGUGUGGUGGAAAUUGGAAUUCAGACCGGCCAUGAAAAUUCUGUUAGCUGCAGAUAACGAAAUGUAUGUGUUUAGCUAAUUCACUGGAAUUUUCUUACUCUUCUCGCAAUCGUAUAUUUAUCUUUUGCGGCACUUACAUCCGACGACUUCCUCAAAAAAUCAUUUCUAACCAUCUCGCUCAUGACCGGUCAUAUGAACAACAAACACAGUUACUGUUUUCUGUCCGACGAAAAGAAGUCUUACCACUUCCUGUUGUACUGCAAGUGUGCAAGAAAAUGUAGCUGAUUUCCUUUAAAUAUAUAACUACUGUAGGUGACGUUUAAGUGCUCAUGGCAUAGCAAAAACCCGUCAUCAUAGUUUGACCACCACAAGUAAGGAGGUCUGACACUGUUUCACGAAGCACUCGUUAUUUAUUUAUAGUGGGGCAGCCUUGUUAUGCAUUUACUUAAUCUUUUCUUCCGCAUUCGCCACAGUCCGAUGAAAGAUCAAGUCGGGAAGAUCGAGCCCGUAUGUGGGUGCAGCGGUCAAAAGGUCUGCAAGCGUGUGCUACGCCAGUAUCAUCAAACCGUCGCCAUCUCGGUCUGGUACGGGCUGGCAGUUCCCUGCCGGUAGAUGCGCUUGCGCUCCUGCUGGGUAUGCAAGUGGUAGGGAUGGCUGCCCGGUCAUCAACCUUGUCCUUCUAACUUCUGUUGGGGUGAUGUUGUAGUUGCUGCUCAAAAACCUGGUCAUUUGCUAUGGGGGGCCAGGGGGAUGGAGUGGAACGCGGACGUGCAGGCUCGACCGCGCCAUCCACCUCCGCCCUCCACCGCCUCCGGUCUUCUUGACUCUGUCUUGACACCGGAUGCAGUUGGGAAAUGGGGAGGAUAGACUGCGGUAACUGCUGCGCAAGUCCACUAUCACAAUAAAUUAAUUCACGUACAAGUCACCGUGUCUGCUUCACCUUUCAGUGGAGCACGCGGUGGACAUCGCCGGCACCGACGGUAGAACUGUCGAGUGCGGUGGUGAACAAAGUUAGACUACAUGUGCCACACACAACGUGGUACUUAAAGCCACGUUAGUCAAGAUUCAUGUAGGGACUCUUACGGUAGUCCAGACUUCGGACCACUGUUCACAGGGGUAACAGUCAUUUCAGUUCCCUUUCUAAUCGUUUUCAGAUCACCGGUAUUCUUCUACAGGGUCGUGGCGACGGCCGUGAGUGGGUGUCCUCGUUCACUGUCUCUUUCAGCAACGACGGCAACUUCUGGACAGCGAUACUUGACCAGUACGGGAACGUACAGGUAAGCAACAUCUAGAUGUUAUUGCCACAGUUUCACCCAAGACUGUCCAGUAGGACGGUGAUUCACUUUCACGAAACCGCGUCACUGCAAUGUUACCCGCUACUUUUGCAGAGAAAAGUGUAUAAAUACGUCCUGCUCAUCAUAAUUGAGCAAAUCGCCCUUUUAAAAUUGACAUCAAAUGAACUGUUACACAUGGAGCCAAUUAGUCCUACAAUGAAGGAAACAUCGCUGAUAAAGCGUAACUUCACAUGUUAAAUCAAAAGAGCGACGUCUUAUUGCCACUGUGCUAAGUACAGUAGGUGGACUAACCCAUGAAAUGUCAACAGAAAUUCCGAAAUGCGUUUUCGUUUCGAAAAGAUUAAUUAAGUAGGGUUGUAAAACUAAUCAGUCUGCAAUAUAAUUCUAUAAUAAUUCAGUUACCUCAGGAUGCCGACUUUCGAAAGAAAUUAUUUUGGUUGCAUGCAAAACCUAUAUCCUGUAAAAAUGACUUCUUAAGUAGCAUGAAUUUUUCUUAUUGAUUUUCGAUGCCCCUAACUGUCCAAAUAUAUUUCAUGGAAAACAUACACAAAAAUAGUUAUUCGGUAGAAAACUACAUUUUAUUUCAGGUUUACACUCAAAGGAGGAAUAUAAUUCGGUUUUAGAAAAGUUUCUAAUUGUGGAACUUUUAAAUACGUGAAAUGGCCAUUCAUAAAUCGUCAUGUCUCUGCAUUUAUCAAUGUGGCCUGUAAAGUUAGCAAAUAUGGAUCAAAUCCAUUGUUAAAUUCUAUGAACGAUAUAAGGUCCCCCUUUUACCAUAGAGAAAUGUGUGGUUUUCCGUACGCGGAAAGUAUACGGCUUGUAGUUUCGAAACCCUGAAUCCAAAUGUAGCGGUAGAGCGGGUUCAAAAUUAUUCGGGAAUUGGAAACGUUUUUAAAAACCAAAUUAUAUUCUUCCUUCGGGUAAACAAUUAGAAGAAGACGUAAUUUUCCACCGAAUGAGCAAAAGAAUGAAUAUUUUAUGCCUGUUUUCCAUGAAAUGUAAUUGGACUUUUAGGGGCAUCGAAAAGCAAUGAGAAAACUUCAUGCUAAUUAAGUAGUCAUUUCUUAAAGAAUGUGCUUUCUACAUGCGACCGGAAAGAAGUUUGUUCUAAAGCCGGCAUUCUGAGGUAAUUGAAAUAUUAUAGAAUUAUGUUGCAGGCUGACUAGUUUUACAAUCCUACUUAAUCAAUCUUUCCGAAACGAAAACGCAUUUGGGAAUUUCGGUUGGCAUUUCCUGAGUUAGCCCACCCCCUGUACAUUCAUCACCUUAGGUAAGAAACGUUAGCGAGUGGUUCGUAAUGCCAUUUUCAAACCCGAGGCCUUCAGUUAAAACUCACUUAUCAUUGAAAGAAUUGCACUUACUAUGCGCUUCUUAUUACUUCCAACGCCUAUAUCUAAGCUUCCGCGUACGGACGCUGCGUCCUUUUCAGAGGACUGAUUUUUAUCGCACGCCCACACAAGCGUAUAUAUGACCAUCCCAGUGUCCGCUUGUCCUUGUCAGUGUCCCCUCCUACUGGGUUUUGUGUGAAUGCCUGCGAGAACACUAGAUUGAGGUCCAAGGCGCAACGGGGACAGUGUGUCCCACAACUUGAUCGGUGAACGCCCAUCUCGCCGUAUUAUGCAUGCACACCCAGCUGGCGCAUUUGAAGGCUCCCUGGGCGGCAGGCAAACCUCAUAACUCAAAUUCCUAAUGAACACGAAAGCAAUAGCUUAAGCUUUCACGAGACAGAUAUCGUAAUCAUGGGGGGGGGGGGAGUUGAGACACUCGUUAACUGCAUUUGGAAAAGCGACAAUGACUUCCAUGGUUCUAGAAUAAGUCCCGAACAAGCUGGAUACCAACAGAAUUGGGGGGAAUGGGCAUAUGGCAAGUGACUUUUUCUGGGCAUCAUGCCUAAUGCUAACACACACACUCCGCCGAAGCGUUUGUCAUUCAGAGAAACUCUGAGGUGAAUGACGCCUGCCACAAAAUCACCAGCUUUUCUCUUGACCAAUAUACAUGGUGCCUUAUUAACGCAGUUAACUGACUGCCGGUUUUGGGCGUCAUGGCUAACGGGGCAUGUUCGUUAAUCUUUUAAACAUUUGAAGUUGUUAGCUAUGAACAGUAGGUGGGCUAACUCAUGAAAUCUCAACAGAAAUUCAGAAAUGCGUUUUCGUUUCGAAAAGAUUGAUUAAGUAGGGUUGUAAAACUAGUCCGCCUACAGUAUAAUUCUAUAAUGUUUCAGUUACCUCAGGAUGCCGGCUUUCGAAUGAAUUUCCUUUCAGCUGCAUGCAAAAACUACACUCUGUAAAAAAUGACUACAAAAGUUGCAGGAAUUUUUCUCAUUGAUUUUCGAUGUCCCUAAAUGUCCAAUUAUAUUUCAUGGAAAACAUGCAUAAAAAUAUUCAUUCUUAUGCUCAUUCGGUAGAUAAUUACGUCUUCCAUUAGGUUUUAAAAAAGUUUCCAAUUGUGAGAUUUUUAAAUACCGUGAAAUGGCCGCUCAUAAAUGCUCAUGUCUCUGCAUUUACCAAUGUGGCCUGUAAAGUUAACAAUAUGGAUAAAAUCCAUUGUUAAGUUUUGUGAACCCUAUAUAGUCCCCCUUUAUAUCCGCAGAGAAAUGUGUGGUUUUCCGUAUGCAGAAAAUAUACGGCUUGUAGGUUGAAAACUCUGAGUAGAGCGGGUUUAUAAUUAUUCGGGAAUUGGAAAAGAUUUGAAAACCGAAUUAUACCCUUCCUUCGAGCAUAAAAUUGGAAGAGGGCGUCAUUUUCUACCGAAUGAGCAAAAGAAUGAAUAUUUUUGUGCAUUUUUCCAUGAAAUAUAAUUAGACAUUUAGGGGCAUCAAAAAGCAAUGAGGAAAAUGCAUGAAAAUAUGAAGUCAUUUUUACAGAAUGUAGCUUUUGCAUGCAUCCCGAAGGAAGUUCAUUCAAAUGCCGGCAUCCAGAGGCGACUGAACUAUUAUAGAAUUUUGUUGCACGUUGACUAAUUUUACAAGCCUACUUAAUUAAUCUUUUCGAAACGAAAACGCAUUUGGGAAUUUCGGUGGACAUUUCAUGAGUUAGCCCACCUACUGUAGGUAGUGCGCUCCACUGCCGGAAUACGAUAUAAAGCAAAUAAGGCAAACCUUGCCAUUUGGGGUCCCCUGUCUUUUUCGGUGUCACCAGUCAAACGGCUGGUAUUCGACGCCAAACAUGGUUAGACUUCCAGUCUUUAGAUUAAGAGUGCUACAUUUUAAACCAGUGUGAUAUGAACAAGGGGGGCGCGGCCUAAUUACCUCGCCCGUACUUCUGUUUAAGAUUAUAAGCAGUGGCGCGCGUCGAGAUGUUCUGCUUGUGACAUGUUUGAGCGGGUUGUGCUGGAGUUUAGGUUUGACUGCUUUUAGACUAUAGGAACAAAGCGUAAAACAAAGUGAACACGCCCGAAAGGCGAAUAGCAACCCGUUUACUCUAAAGCUUCUGAUUGAUGGAAGCGCCUUCUCAUGCUUGCUUUUCAGGUUUUCGAUGGGAAUACGGACUCGUUCCAAGUGAAGCACGCUUACCUCGACUACCCCGUCAUAGCCCGUUAUGUGCGCAUCCAUCCCUUCGCAUGGAACGGACACCCCAGCAUGCGCGUUGAACUUAUCGGCUGCCAGCGUAAGAAUGUUUUAAUGAGCGCGAAUUUAAUCAACCGAAUGAGAUAGGGGUAUAUAAAACUGUCACCAAUAUUCAUGUUCAUCCUUCUGUCACUAUCCCUUGUUAUGAAUCUACUGUAAGCGUUUUCUCCUUCGAGCUCCAAAAAGUUCAAUUAAAAUUGCAGAGACUACUUAAUAGGGAACAUUUUACUGAUUUGAUUAGUAAGGCCAAAUGCGAUAUGCGAAUUUAGUCCUUUCACCACUAAUUCAUUGCAAAUUCAGUGGGCAUGGCGUUUACAAAAGGGUUCAUUUGGUGAAGCUUAUUUACUUCUAAACAUUAUUGGCUAAUUCAUUUCCGUUAACAUAUUCAUGGUUAAUAGAGUAAAUCCGUCAAAAAUCUUAUAUUUAAACAGAAUCUGACGGACAUAUGAUUGAAGACAUUCACAUUUAGUGCACUUUGAUGCUGGAAUUGUAAGAGGACGCGUCACAGUGAAGGGGGAAUUAAAUUAAUAAAUUACUGACCUCGUCGCGAGUGUCUUUUUCCAUAUUCAACCCAUUCUUAAGUUGCCUCAUAUAUAUUUUCUUUUUUGUACUCUUUUUUCUAAGAUUGCUGACUGUGGACAAUAGAAUAAAGUAAGAGACGACCACAUGAGGGAAAUUCCAAAAUUGCACUUACGCAUGGUGUUAACAGACGCUUACUGUAAACCAUAAAGACUCAUUAAAAACAACUGAGCAGGUCUGUUCAGUCCCCACGACACCAAGGUAGGAGUUAAAAUGUGCGUUGUAACAUAUUUGAGGUUUAUUAAAAGAACUGGACAUAGUUGGGUGUCCGUGAAACGCGCAUUGUUGGGGAUGUUCUGGAGACUAGUUUUGCUGUGAGGCCUCAAGCAAAAUCAAAGAGAGAGAUCUUCUUUGACACUAGUCCAGUCGCUUCAGCAAUUCGGCAUUUUAGGCCUCAACAAGCGUUCACUAAUCGAGAUAUGUGACGUAACACUUGAAAAUCAGUAGUUUGUCCUUUUUUAUGCAUUUAGCUGCUGUAGAUCAAAACACAGUUCUUUCGGUGCACUUUGGGCAAAAUAGGAUUGGGGCUGUCAAUUGCGAGCAUUCUGUUGUGUAUGUAGAGAUUCUGGAGCCAGAUACGCAAACAAUUUUCGAAAAAUGUCUGAGAACUAGGAGGAUUCUAACCAAGGAUAUUUUAAGUAAAUACUUUAACAUAAGGUAGUUUUUGUCGCAGAAAAAUUGGCAAUUUUUCAGCCACCUCCGUCAUAAUGAACAGCCCAUGGCUUUUCAUUGCAGCCUGUAAACAGUUACUCGGAACCCCACCCUACGCCCGGUAUGCAGCAUCCUCGACUCGAAAUAAACGAAACACACGUUCCUGUAAUCCCGAAGAUGGCCACUACUUGAGCAACAGAGCAUGGUGUGCAAAACGCCAGAACGGUGAGUCCUUGUUGAUGGUCUCAUCAAUUUCGAUCCAGACUUCUCCACUACUUGCUAUUGAACAUAUCAUAACCCCGGAUGCGUUCGAUUUCCUUGGUGUCGUUUAAAACUUUUGCAAGUGAUUUUUCUAUUAGAAGAAUAUUUUUUGUGUGAGCAAAACUUGGUGCGCUAUCGAAAUGGUUGAUUGAAAUUAUUUCAACACAGUAAAUGUUACGAGCCGUCAUUACGAUAUAGCGGUCCGUGCUACUCGCCUUGACAAUCGUUUUGAGCUUUUGUUUUCACUGUCAUUAUGUUAAUCGCUGCUAGUAUAUACCUCUUCAUCGAAGCCAGAUGACCUACUGCUAUAUUUUCACCCGCAACACUUUUACAACGUAGACUCCGAACGACAUAAAAAUCUCUGCCUUUCUGUUAAAAGGGAGUUGUCUUAAAAUUCUGGGUAUACAUUCGAGGUCCGUUUAGUUAAGCUGUGCGGAGACUCCAGUGGUAGACGGCUCAUUCAGAUGAGCUUUCCGACCUUGGCUUUCAUUCUAUCUUGCGUUUUGUAUUUAGUUAUUGAUUUUCAAUAUCUCCAUUAAAGUGGGAUGGUAGGAUGCACGAAUCAGUCUGUCGGUAAAUUAUAGAAGCUCAAAACGCACGUAACCGUGCUAUCUCAUGCAAUGUUAUCUGCAAUUCAAAAAGUUGACUUCAGUUAUAGAAGUCUACUUAGGUAGGGUCAUGAAACAAAGUGUCGCGCGGCACAAUCACAAGAUAAGUCAGUCACGUCAAGAUGUCGGCCUUUACACGAAUUUUUUCUCGGCCGCUUGCAGAAACCUAAUUUCGUAAAUGAUGAUUACUUGAGCAGUAUGAAUUUUUCUUAUCAGUCUUUGUUACCGUUAUAAAUUCCAACACAUUUUAUAGAAAACAUGCGCAAAAAUUUUCCUCUUGUUCUCAUUUGGUAGCAUAUUACGUGUUCUCUGGAUUUUUUGCUUGACAAAUUAGUAUCCUUUGGUUUCACAAAAUCUUAUCAAUUUCUGAAUAAUUUUGAGACUGACCUGCUUUUUCCCUGUAUUCAGGGCUCCCAGACUACAAGGUUUAUAUCUUCUCUGGAAGAAAUCGACAUUAAUAAAUAGGCGAAUACGAUACUUUAUGGGUAGACAUUUAGCGGUUUUAAGAAAUCUCAUAAUAAGAAACUUGCUUAGAAGAGAAUAACACCUCUUCUUCAAGUAUUAGAUUUGAGUAAGACGUAAUUUUCUACAAAAUAAGCACAAAAAGAAAAAGCAUUUUUGAGCUUGUUUUGUAAAAAUUACACUUAGAUGUGAAAGAACACAAAAGCCUAAUUUAAAAAUUUCGUACUAAUUGAGUAGUCAUUUUGGCAGAGUAUAGUUUUUGUAAGCGGCCAAAGAGAAGUUCGUUCAAAGGGCGGGAUCCUGACGUGAUUAAAGCAUGUUGAAAUUAUGCUGUGCCACGAUUAGUCUUACGAAAAUACAUGAGUCAUGUUUUUAAACCGAAGACGCACUUCAGAAUUUCGGUUCAACUUUCGUGAGAUAGCAAAUCUACUGUAAGUUCAAUCACGAAUUUCUCAAUGUGAUGGCGAUCCUCAAAUCAUAUCCAAAGACUGCUAAAUGUCAUUUUCCGCUAACGACGCAACGCUUCCCGUGAAAGUAAACUCCUCCCCGUAGCUCACUCUCAAACAUAAAAAGCACUUGCCUUAGUCAACCUUACUUAAAUAAAUCAGUACUUUUGCCUCUCUGGUCGGACAUAAGGUUUAUAAUUGCGAUUUUAGGCUUCCACUGUCUUUUGAAGAGUUUGUCACAAGUAGUUCCGUAAUUUUUAUUCAUUUAGGCAGUUCUAAGGAACAAAUAUUUACUUUGGACUUUGUAAAGCAAAUGUUGCCACAGAAGUGACAAUGGAAUUUGUUGAGGAUACUCGUUGGAUUGUACCGAGGAACUGAAUUAAUGAUUUUCGCAUAACCAAUGCUGGAUCAUAGGACCACUCUUGAAUGGUUGUCAUCAGAGCAGUCAUGCUCAUAAAUGCAUUACUUAAAUAAGGGCACCACUGCUAAAGUAUUGUUUCAAGUUCUCGCGUUAUCCAGUUCGCUGGUGUAUUCGUUUCCAGGUCUAUGUCGCCAUGGAUAUGUUAAAAUACCUGCGGUCCGACUAGACUACGGUUAAAAUACAAAGUGCUAUUUAAGGUUUCGACACUAGUUGUGCACGUUUUGCUACUUAUAUGUACCAUGUAAAUGAAGAUGCGGUAUCAAUUAUUCAUAACUGAAUUUUCAUGGCUGCUGGCAUCCAUGGUUACAGAACCCAGUUAGCACUAAGAUAUUAAGCAUAAUAUUAGCGCUUUUUAUCGCAGACAGUGAAUACUGAAAGUCACGAGACGACCUGGUCUUAUGAUAACCUGUAAAUGAGUAUGAUAAAAUGAGUAUGGGAAAUAUGCGCUCCCUUUUGUAGCUAACAAGUUUGUCUGUUUGCCUUUUACACAAAUGACUCUAUAGGCCUAUGUGCCUAUGUUCGUAUUACGCGCCGCUGUGCAGCUGCUGAUUGGGCUACAGAGAGAGCCCUAAGGGAUAUCAAGGUGCCUAGAGGUGGUUUCGGCAUCUUCUCCACGCGUCCACUCUUCGUCUGCAGCACUAAAACUCUUAAUUCUGCGCUUCCCAGGCCUACGCAAAUAGUCGGUAUUGUUUCCAUAACCCCAAACACCAAAACUGGUGGUAACUCAACUAACAAAAGAAAUUAAGUUAAGGGACCGCGCAUACAGACUUAAUCUGACGGACAUAUGGCAAGAACAUCUGAUAAGAUUGAGGUCCACAUCUGUCGUCCCAAUAUAAAAAAUUUAAUAAUCUACCAGCACUCAAGGUUAAUUUUAAGGCACUAGUUACCGCGAAUGGCCAGUGGAGACGCCACUGGAGAUGGAUACAAGCAUCAGCAGUGUCUACAAUGUAUCUGUUGAUAGCCAAAGGAUACCGACAGUUUCUAAACUGUCGAUGGCAGCUGAAAAAAGAGCUCAGGAUACGACCUGAAAAGAAGGCUCGAUAGCCGCAGGAAGAAUUUAAUUUGUCUGACGUCUCAGAUUCACACUCAAACCCAUAAACAGAGAAAACUGCAGAGGACAAUGAUGGAUGUACAGGAAUCGAAGUUCUCAUAGGGUGCAGUUAGCGUGCAACCACAUACCUGUCAAAAUUAAAAGCUCCUUCGUCCAUCGCUGAUGGAUGUACUCGGUUCGAUGAUGACUUGAUCACUCACAUCCAAGUCGCUAAUGGCAGCGAUUGCAUCAUCGGUGUUGGCUAAUGGCAUGAUAAUUAUUCGGAAACUUGGCUUACGGACAUCAUUACUGUGUCCAGGCAAAAUAUUGGGACUGAAUACGGAUGGGGAGAAGAUCAUUGUGCUUGUCAAUAAACUGUUGACUGCCAAUUAGGACUGAGGCGGCUCGCGGCUCGGACGGUUGUCAUCCCUCGCGCAAAAUCUUGGCUUUCGUUAAAUUUGGAGGUAUGGCUCGGUCCCGUUGACUGAUUCACGACCGCAAAACUGGUGCUUGCUGGCCAUCAACACUAAUUGUAGUUCACAAAAGUUUGGAAGGAGAAGAUCGAUUGCCGGAGAAAGAAUUUAAUUUGUCUGGCGUCUCAGAUUCACACUCAAACCCAUAAACAGAGACAACUGCAGAGGACAAUGAUGGAUGCACAAGGAUUGACUAAUUACUGUGUCCAGGCAAAGUAUUGGGACUGAAUACGGUGGGGGAGAAGAUCAUUGUGCUUGUCAAUAAACUGUGAACUGCCAAUUAGGACCGAGGCAGCUCGCGGCUCGUACGGCUGUCAGCCCCCGGCGCAAAAUGUUGGCUUUCGUUGAAAGCCAGCGACGUGUCUACAUUUAAAUUGCAUCUUGGAGCUCAUCUUUUCACUUUCAUCGGCAAUUCUUCCUCGCUUUGUACUCUGACUGACUGGAUGGUGGGAAAACUUUUCCCUUUCGUGAGGCCUCUACCGACGCAUGAAAAUGUAGGUAUUGUGCCAUGAAGCUUCUUUUGACAUAGCUGAUGCUGAUUUCCACGUGAUCGCAGUGAUUGAGUCGGAACUCACGAAGACGGAAUCGACCACAACACAAGGUUUCUGAGUGGGAAUAAAUCUGAAGCGUGUUCCGAGCGAAUGGCUACUCGUGCAAAUUUGUCAACUGGCGCAUGCCAAAACAGCACAAGAGGCCAAAUCUAACAAAUCCCUAACGUUGGAAAAGCGUUCCCAAGCACCAGCUUUUGGGUUGUGAACAACUCAGAGGGACCGAGCCAUACCGCCAAAUUUGACGAAAGCCAACAUUUUGCUCGAGAGGUGAAAACCGUCCGAGCCGCGAGCUGCCUCAGUCCUAAUUGGCAGUCAACAGUUUAUUGACAAGCACAAUGAUCUCCUCCCCUUCGUAUUCAGUCCCAAUACUUUGCCUGGACACAGUAAUUAGUCACUUGGGAGCGCGAGGCAAACGCUGCAUCCAGCGCCAAUAUUCGUAAGCCCUGUUUCCGAAUAAUUAUCACUCCAUUAGCCAAAGUCCGGUGAUGAAAUCGCUGCCAUUAGCGACUCGGAUGUAAACGAGCAAGUCAUCAUCGGACCGAGUACAUCCAUCAGCGAUGGACGAAGGAGCUUUUAAUUUUGACAGGUAUGUGGUUGCACGCUAACUGCACCCUAUGAGAACUUCGAUUCCUGUACAUCCAUCAUUGUCCUCUGUAUUUGUCUCUGUUUAUGGGUUUGAGUGUGAAUCUGAGACGCCAGACAAAUUAACGUCUUCCUCCGGAAAUCAAUCUUCUCCUUCCAAACUACAAGUAUUGUUCUGUUCAGUUGUGCUAAGAUGUCAGCGGAGUCAAGUCUGCUUUGUUUGCACUACUGGAAAGUAGAUGUAAGCUCACCUAAUGGAUUCCCUGUUGCAGACUACUGGGACAAUUUUUCUAAAUUGCAUGUUCUGCUUUCCUCUUUGUCAUUGUGAAUAAGUGAACUAUUCUUCACUCCAACUCUCGGAAUGUUCUGUGCUGGCUAAGUUUGCCACCGAGUUGUAAGGUCACCAGUCGCCUAUGUCAGCUUACUUUAUGUUUCUUUCUGGAUCCCCGGCAGCCAUGCAGUGGUUCCAAGUGGACCUCGGCCCUCCAACUCUGGUGACUGGAGUGGUGCUACGCACACGUGGAGAUGGCAAGUGGCCCCAGUACGUAACCCACUUCAAGGUCUCCUACAGCAAUGACAGCAAGCUGUGGUUCUUUUACAAGGAUGCCCCACACAUGGAACAACAUGUAAGACGACAUAGACAUUACCACGUGAACUUUAAAAGUCAAAACGUUGAUUUUGCUGAGUAGUAAUCAAACAGGGCACAAAGUUGGAAAAAUAUCCACCCAUAAAUUAAUAAAUCUUUAUUUUUUAAUCUUCACAUCUGCUGAUUGAAAUGCUGUAUGAUAGCAAUUUGUGAGACUGCUGUAACCUGUUUAAUAUGACUUCAUGUUUGAAUGCAGUUCUUGCUGCCGGCUAUGACAAAACCCUGGCAGUUGACUUUUUAUUCCUCUUUCCUCCUAUGCGAGUGAAAUCUGAACCUUUAGUAGUUAUUGGAAGUUGUAAGAAGGUAAAACAGAUCAUCGAUGUGACGAACCAGGACGAUCUAAAAUUGUGCUUCAUUAUUAUUUUCGGUUAGCUCGCAGUUGGUAGCCAGGAAUGGGGAAGCGGACAGCGACCUUAACCGUAAUCCUGACCAUAACCCAAACCCUAACCUUAACCUUAAACGUUGACCGGCAACCCUAACCGAAAUCUUAAACGUAACCGUAGCCCUUAGACACAACCCCAACUGUAAAAUCUAAUCGUAAUACUAAAGCCUAAUCGUAAGCUAAAACCCUAACCGUAACCCGAAAACCUAAGCCAAAAGGGCAUAACCCUGGUCCCAAAAAUCGGACAACACUAACUGAUACCCUAAUCCUAACCUCAAACGUAAAACGGAAGCCAAAUGGGUCAGAUUUGAUCAUGUAGCCCCACAAAACAGCCCCAGUAAACAAACCCCCAACCACCUAUAAUACGGGGCCUGGCUACCAACUGCGAUCUAGCCUUAUUUUCCAUCCCUGCCUGUCCUCACAUCUAUUUUGGUUUCACAGCAAAUUCGCACAAGGUACACACAUUAGUCUUACUUGACAGUUGGUCGUCGCCCUUUAGGACUAUUUUUUUGUUUAUUUCCUUGAUGUCUUGGUCUUUGUUCCGAACGUAAGAAUGUUUGAAUACUUUUCUUUUAAGGACAAACAAAGCGCCCUGAGUAACCUGUGCAUAGUAUGUGAUUCAUUGCUUGUCUGUCGAUGGUAUAGACUGGUCGAGAGUCCAAUCAGGCCCCUAGUUAGUUCUGAGGAGGCAGUUAAAAUUUUGGGCGAAGCAUUUGCAACUUGAUUAUAUUACCUGCAGGGCCUGAACAGAAUCAAUGCAGUUUUGGAAAGGCUACCUGUCCUUCUCAUUCGGAAAGUUUUGGUUAUUGUCGGAUGUGGUCUUCAAAAGGCGGGUGCUUAUGGACAGAACGCGCGUUUCAGUGAUUUGUCCAAAAAGCUCCGGUCAAAUGACAAUUUCUGUUCCAUUUGAGACCCCUUCUGCUCUUAGACAGGUUUUGCAGGAUGUGACGAGAGCAGUAAGGUUUCGUUAUUUGUGUGCUCCCCAUAAUUGUGCCCUAUUUCUACAGGUCCGACCUUCAGUGCCUUUGCACUUCACCAUUUCUGACUUCCUUCAGUUAAAUUAGGUGGCCAGUGAUGGAUGUACAGGAGAACCCUGUGACCGCAUGACAGUUCGACCGUCGAUUCCGACGAUGCCCACCGUGUGCUACACAGCAAGGUGCAGCAGACAGGGUGACUUGCGUGUGAUUUAGUUUAUAGUGACAGUGGACUUGCGCAGAAUCUACCGCACUCUCUCUCUCUCUCCUACUUCCAACCUGGACCCGGUGUCAGAACAGAGCCAAGAAGACCGGAGCGGGGGGCUCAUGUGGGUGGCACGGUCGGACUUGCGCCUAGGUGUGCCACCACACCCCAUGGUCUACAAUAUACACCUUACCAACAACAUCAACACCCCAACAGGGGGUCAGAAGGAGGAGGAUGGCUGGGAAAACCAUGAUCACCACCUGUAUACCCAGCGGGAGCACAAGCGCAUCUACCGACAGGGAACCAGGUGUCAGGGAACUGCCAGCGCAUACCAGGCUGCGGGGGGCAGGGUUUUCUGUGGUCGCAUACAGUGCAUUUCAAAUUACGCACAUCCUGCAUCCAUUACAGGGCGUGCGACAAAUGCGUAUUGGCACCGAAUGCUAGUCGCAUACAAUACUCACUACUAACUGGCCUAAGAAAAAACCAUUAACUCGCGAGCUCCCUCGGAACAGAGGGGGAGGGGUCAGACGGCUGCUCUCAUGAAUUAGUUCUUCUUACUUUCGCAGUUUUUCAAAUGAGGCUCAUCAACAAAAAGCCAGAAUGUUGCGCAGAUUUCUUUUGCAAAAUAUCCAUACUCAAACAAACAAUGCAAAACUAACAAAACGCGCACAUUACCCUGACGACUACUCCGUUCUCUAACCCAUGGGAUCUUCGAGUCUUGGUUAUCACCGAAUCUUUCAUCUGAAACUAAGUUCCAAAUACAAGAUGUCAAUUAGAUUCGAUAGCCUGCAUUCUUCUGCAAUACUUCUUAGAUAUUCCUUGGAAACUCACCGGCCAUCCCAGAGAGAAUACACUACUUGGCUGCCCCGGUGAUUUCCCGCUUUGUUCGGAUCCAUCCGAUCGCUUGGCACGGCAGAAUAGCCAUGCGUGUUGGCCUCCUCGGCUGUCGAUACAAGGGACCCUGUGGGCCCGGAUUUUUCCAAGUGAAUGAGAAGAGCUCUUGUAGUAAGUUCAAAGGUCAAAAAGGUUUCCUCCAUGCUUUGGGCCUCAUUUGACCGUAAGUAGACUUUUCUGCUUACGUUUACUCACAUUUUGAAGCCUUCUGAAGUAGGAGACUGCGUAGGCACUAUCCGUUUUUCACGUUCCUAAGAUAAGCUGGCACUUUUCUGAUGUAUCAAUGAAUGAUUGCUGCUUUUCACACAAACCGAAUUAAGCAGCGUCCGGGGUCUCUGCGGCACAAAACCAGUCCAGCGCACUAUGACAAGUAAUUUGAUGGUUUAGACGUAGUCAAAAUUUCUUUCAAAAAUGUGCUUUACUCGUAAUCUUUUCAAAGUACCUAAAAAUGCCCUUAAAAGUAUAUUUGGACUCCUGCACGAUAAUUUGCGUUAUUCAGGUGACCGCUGACUUGAAAAAGAUUUUUUUUACCAAUCUAGGAUCUGAGUUGAUCGGUGAUCUGCCAAAGUGAGGUGUUAUUCUUAAAAACAUUGCUUCAUUUCCACUAUACGUGAUUGCGUUGCCGGUACUUGCAACGAAUGUUGUAUGAUUUGCAGGCCUUCGUAUUCCUUUUGCUCUUUGUCUUCCACCGUCAAAGGUUAGGCUGUUAGAUUAUCAGCGGAAAUUACAGUUCCUCUUUGCCCUAACAAUGACUAUGAACAUCGCCAAGUCUAUGAAGAUAAGAGAUUUGACCUGCAACUUUCCGAAUCUGCCAGUUUACGCCAUGUUCUACUUCAAGAUGUGCAGCAUGAAUUCGAAUCUCAGAUGACGGGCAGUUCUAUCGAGCUGACUGGUCACUGAGUGCAAGUUUUGAUUCUGUAGGCGGCUUUAAAAAGUAAAAUCAUAUUGCCUGAAGGUUUUAUACUCAGCAUCAAUUCCUUUCUCGGUAAAAGUGGCGAUAAUGACGAUUAAAGGCGCACUCUCAACGAAAUAGGAGUAUCGUGAAGACAUGAAAGACUGGGGCAUUCAUCUCUGUGUACUAGUGCUUCUAACUGCCCUCAGUAGCCUAGAGACGGAAGUGGACCAUGAUUUUUUAGGCGAAUAAUGCUCCGCCGAACCCGCAGAUAACCUUAGCUGGUCUGUCCUUUGUGUGUCUUAUGCAGUUGCCAAUCUUGCAUAUAAGAAGGACGCAUGGAUGUCAAACAAUCCCGAUAACCCGCGAAAAAAGGAGAUAGAGAGUCUGAGGCAUUCUCUCUACCAACGUCCCCACUCUUCGCCUCCAUCGCCCUCUCGCUUUCCCUUCAAUUCCCGUCCACAGCAACAAAAGCAAACACUGAUCACAACUCAGAGAUUCUUCGACUCACAACAUCAAGUGACUUCACUUCCCCAACCCCCUCUCAAUGCCCUUCAACUGGGCAGUGAUGGUGGACUAGCCCAAACGACUCCAAUCAGCGACUGGAAGCUGCAUGACGUCAUGCUUGGCGACGAGGGUUACGUAGUGAAGGAUGAGGUAGCAAAGCGAGCGGUUGAUGGCUUCGUGGGCGACGAAAAGGAAAUCACCGGCGAAAUGGCUACAGAUGAAGGCGGCAGGGGAAUAGAUAGAGUCAGUGGCGAUGGCACUUCGGGCAGAAAAGCGGAAGAGGCCCACAGGUCAGGUCUGCUUCUUAUGAACGACUCGCCAAGCCGAGGGACAGAAAAACAAAGGCGGGCCCUCCGAUCUGUUCCGAAGGAGGGUCGGCAGUGUACUAUUCUUCGCUACGGCUGGCCUUACAUGGAGACGCCGGGCUGGCAUGUUGACCUGCAGGAAUCGUUUGAGGUCAAUGGUGUUGUUCUGUAUACCGCCAGACACGGUAGAGGUAAGACUUUUUCUGUUAAGAGGUUAUCCAGUGUGAAAUGGUUCUGUGGUCGAUUUUACAACUUGUUACAAACUUCUUGUUGGCUGACCGCGAAGACCACUCUAUUUUCCCGCGCUAACGAAAAACAGCAGGUGGACAGGCAACGUAGCCAGUUUAUUUUAGUGAUUUAGCAAUGUCACGGAGAGCCCGACUGCCUCCCCUGAUUCCUACCCUGUGAGAAAGAAGUACUUUCAGUCGGAUUAACACGUAAUACCUACUGGAUUACCCAGACUCCUGCACCCGAUAUCAUAGACUUGAACAUCAUUCAGAUUCCCGUAGGUCUGUCAGAUAAACCUUCCUGGAAAGCUCUUGCCCGCACAAGUGACUUAGACGUACUUAGACCGCCUAAAAAUUAGCGCUUUUGAUCCUCAGCCAUCUGCCGUUAGCGGGGUUGACUCUCUCUCUCUCUUCCAAAUGCAAAAUAAAUAUCAGUACUCAGAAUUUCACGAACUAAAUAAAGCCCCUGGCUCCUUUAAAGUCGACGAUAGCAAUUUCAGUUCUCUUGGCGAAGAUAUGUCGACUUUGUGAUAACGUGCUUGUCAAUUAUACUUUGUUUUAGAUAUUCGUAAGUUGGUCGUUCAUAGGAUAAAAAUCUGCAUUUUUUUGCAUAUUCUUGAACUCUCUGAGUUUAGGCCCGCUCGGAAAAAUAAAAUAGGACUGCGAAGUUUGGAAAUAAAAAUUCUAGCGUUACUGUCACAAAAAAACAUUCGUGCUUUCAAAAAACUCUAUUGGUAGAGCAAAGCCUGUUAUUGACGGAAACAGGCCUUGCGACUUAUGCAUUCUUGUGCUGCCAACUGUCUACUGGAUGCGCACCGAGGAGCUUGUUUGAUGCAAAAAAGAGUGCCACUCCCCGAAAUCCUUGCACAUUAUGACAAAACUGGUCAGUGUACAGAAGUCAAACCAUAAAGGGGGGGUUAGUCGUUCGCUUACGCCUUUGCUCUGCGCAGAGCCCGGGUCACUGUCUGUGAGCUGACCCCCGACUGCAAACCUCUCCGUUGCGUAAACUUGACCGCUAGGAUCCACCUUUCUGCGCACAUUCGCAAAAACAAGCAAGCUAAGUGCACAGUUUACGAGUUGACCUGCGACUCAAGAAACGGUUACUUUAAAGGUCUUUUAUGAAGGGUUGUUGUCCGACAUGCAACCUGAACUUGGAGGGCAUAUUCGGUGCCUAUGUUAACAAUGUUUUACAUAGGGAGUUUAGAGUUGACAUCUACCUACACGCAUCUUUACUCAGGCAGACACUUUGCCCUUACGGUAUGGGGAGAGCAGAUGUGUAUUUGCUUACAACCAUCCCCUCGUGUCUCCACUUAGCAUCAGCAUGUUCAGUACUGCCAUAUGAGAUUUGUUUUCCUGUUCGUGUUUAAUAGUUAAAUUUGACUGACCCGUUUGUGAGAAAGUCCCUGACCCUCGCGGGAUUCGAAUCCAUGACAGAAAGUACAAGACUCCUGCGAGGCCUCUCGGUUGGGCAUCGUAGCCCUUUCUAGUUUUGGGCGCCGUUGAUGGCCCGAAAUGUUCAUGUAUAUCAAGGGGCCAUAAUAGCAUUUCCUGUUGCGCGUAUCCACUGUCCGUUGUCUUUCUGGAUCAGUGAACAGUCUUUUGGUUUUCCGACCAUUUCCCGAUAGUGCUUUCCAGUACUGCCAACCUCUGCCGGUUCAUUUACGGCGUUCUGUCGAAGUAAUGUCAUUAACCAAAUCACAGCUCCUUGCGCAGUAACACAUUGAAGCUAUUUCUUCCGACGUUGACAACGCAACUGUCAGAUUUCCUUGUGUGGUCAUCGUAGACGUCUGUUUUAAAAGCCUUCCUCGAACUUUCCCCUAGUUUGUUUCGCCUAGUGACCUAGGUUGGAUUGUCACAAGUGAAAACGGAACGAUUUCAAUUCCGUAAGAACCUUGUACAUUUUCAGUAUCUCAGGGAUUUUAGGAAUAGACAAUUAUCAAGUGUGAAUCUCAUCGAUAUUUGUUCAUGUAAAGCCACUAGGUAUACACAAACUGCUUACGUGAGAGUGCUUGAGAGUGACCAGACUUUUUCUUACUCCUAAUGUCCACUGGACUGUCUCUUCCCCAAAACAGAAUGGGGCCAUCUGGACUCGAUCACUUCCAAUUAAUCAAACGUUAGCUGCUGGUGCUAUAGUUGACGUGACCGUCAUCUAUAGAAUCCCCUAUGAGGAUUGUUUCUGGAACCCUGAAAAUUCGAGGGUUUUCAUAGGAAGAUUAACUUAAUGUAAGUAUUUUGCAGAUUUGCCUUCCCUUUAUUAUCCAUCAGGAGGGGACCAAGGAGGUUUAAUUGCUCGCAGCCUUCCGGACACACCGGAGGCACUGCUUCGGCGAAACAAUCUGGAUCGUCUGGUAGUCUACGUGGAGAACGAUAACCCCGGGGAGGAGGGCGCUGGUGUUCACUCGGAUGGCCGCGAGUUCUGUGGACAAGUAACUAGGCGCAAUGAUGCCGUCUUUUUGCCAAAACUACACAUUGCCUGCCGACGACCAAUCACGGGGCGCUAUGUCUACGUGGAGGCCCACGGACUUAGGGGUGCAUGGCCAAAGGAAUUCUUGGCUGCACUUUGUGAAGUCCAAAUUUAUUAGGGUUUACAACGACUGCCUGGGAAUCCAGGAAAGUGAAUAGCUGGGGUCAGCGCCCUUAUAUCAAGCCCGAAAAUUUUAAAUAACUGCAAACUGCCAUUUAAGUCCAGACCCCGUAGGUAUUUGGCCUUUUUCCACACUUUACUGCCACAGCAUAUAUUCAACAUUCACUUGUUGGCAAAUUUAGAUGGUUCCUUUCCGUAUAACAUGCAUACGCACAUCUGCCCUCCUCCUCUGUAAAAUGCUUGUGUCCAUUGUACAUUUUGUCCUUCUUUUUUGUCCUUUCUGAAGCAAGAUGUUUUAUCUGAUGCGUGACAAUAACUGACCUAAACUAUAUCAAGUUGUUUCAAGAAAUCGCACUAGCACUGAGUUCCCACAUACUUAAGUGUUGUAACGCCUGUCUCAAUCGGUCACAAACUAAAUUAACUGAACAACUCGAAAAACUGCAUGAGAGAUGGAAGCGAAACCGAAAUCCUCUCAUUUUGGGCGUAAACCAGACUAAAACUCAACCCUUCCAUAACCCUAAUCUGCCCGGAAUUUAGCGCAGGGCAGCAUGCAUGGCUGAGGGAGUUCCUAGUCCCCUGUCCUACCAAUCACAGCGCGGGGUUCCGAUCCCCGUCUAGGCAAUUCCUAACAAACGGCGUCCGGAUAAAUAUCAUUAACACCAUAAUCAGGCCUGCAUAAUUGCAUGUAGGGCUAAAGAUGCUUGGGUUGGGAAAUGGCAUCUGAUUUGGUUUGAUAUUUUUGUUGCAAAGGUUGUGACGGAAGGGAAAAGUUAUCUGAUCUUCGAAUAUGUUCAAUGUACGUCGGGUAUUAUGACUUAGAAUGGAGGGCAGGAAAACGUACCCCUGAGAAUCAGUGGAGUGGGGAUAGCGGAGAAGAGGGAUGGGGAAGGAGGAGGACAGAGGAACGCCUGGGCAGUUAUCUCAAGUUGUGAACCGUGCGAGCGUCGUACCAGAGUAGACGUCGAGUCUGUACCCGGUUCUGUGAAUUACGAACUGGACGCUUUUUACAUGACGCUUCUUACGCGGUGAUCUGGGUACUCUGUCAUAGUGAUCUCAUGGCACUACUGUACUCUAUAAAGUCCGGUGACAGUUUAUCCAGAACUACCGUUAACCUAUUUGUCUUCUCUGCAACUCUAGAAGUGCGAUGGGUCGACAACUCGCAAAGGUUGUCAAAUUGGAAGCGGGUGGGAGGACAGAGUUGGUUGGACAAAUUCUGCUGAGGCGAAAGGGCGUACACGCAGCUCAGCAAGCAGUGGCAGCAAGUCGUCCUGGCAGGUGUGUGACCGCCGUGGAGAUUGCCAUGAAGUGCGUGCAUGCGCCCGGACUUUGCCUGUCUGCAGCCAGUCAGCUAAGAACACAGCGUCGAUUGCCCUCGAACCCUUGGUGUACUGGCACCAAAUUACACGCGGCUCAGGCAAACGACUGACAGGAAACUUGGGCGGAUAAGCGGACGCGCUGACGAUCGAAAUAGCUGACUACCAGAAUAGUACUACUUAGGCAGUCUUUUUUUCAUAUAUGCGCCAGUUAUCGGUGACAGGUGAAACUUGGUAAAGUGCGAAGAACCUACAGUGCGUGACCGAUCACAUGAAAUGUUGGCCAGAAUUCUGAAAUGCGUUUCCGAUUAGGAAGGAUUACUUAAGUAGGGUUGUUAUACUUAUUAUCAUGCAGCAUAAGUCUAUAACAUUUCGGACUCGCCAGGAUGUCGGCUUUUGAAUGUACUUCUUUCUGACCUCCUGCAAAAAGCGCACUUGGGAAAAAAUUACUACUUAAGUAGCAUGCAUUUUUACUAUUGAUUUUCGGUAGUCUUAUAAAUUCAAAUAUAUUUUACAGAAAACAUGCCCAAAAAUAUGCUUUCUUUUACUCGGUUGGUAGAAAAUCCCAUCGUCUUCACAUUUUAUGCCCGAAGAAAGUGUGUAUCUAGGUUUUAAAAAAGUUUCCCAAUUCCCAAAUAAUUUUCAGCCUGAUCUGCCAUUGCGUCAGCGUUUAGCAAUUUCAGUCUACAAGGUGCCUGCUUUCCGCGUAAGGAAAAUCAUAUAUUCCUCUGCGUCUUUAAGAAGAUACCACAUAAAUUUCGUGAACUUUUGCAAUGGAUCCAGACUGCGUUGUACAUUUCAUGAGGAGCAUUAGUAAACGGACAUGUGCGGUCUUGCAUGCAUGGACAUCGCACAGUCCUAAAAAUCUCAUAAUUAGAAACUUUUUCCAAAACCUAAAUAUACACUUUCAUCGGACAUAAAAUAUAAAUACAAUGUGAUUUCCUACCACAUGAGCAAAGGCAAACAUAUUUUGUGCAUGUUUUCUAUAAAAUAUAUUUGAAUUCAUAAGACCAUCGAAAAUCAAUAGGAAAAAUGCAUGCUGCCUAAGUAGUCACUUUUUACAGAGUGUGGUUUCUGCAGGAGAUCAAAAAGAAGUACAUUCAAAAGCCGACAUCCUGGCGAGUCCGACAAGUUAUAGGGUUAUGCUGCAUGAUAAUAACUAUAACAACCCCACUUAAGUAAUCCUUCCUAAUCGGAAACGCAUUUCAGAAUUCUGGCCAACAUUUCAUGAGAUCGGUCACACACUGUAUAUACCGUUGCAAGUUCUACAGAUGACCAGUGAUUUCCAACCACCAGAGCGCAGAUUUUUUCAACCUGCUGACGCCCGAAAGCUGGGUAAAUUAGCAUGUUCCUCUGUGACCAAGCGAUCCUCCGUCUCCUGUGCAGCAUGACUUUUCCUGCUACUUCAUUGUUUGUCUUUAUACGAGGAUGCUCUAUGCCUACCGAUAUUCUACAACCCCAUAAGUAAUCCUUCCUAUUUGGAAGCCCGAGGACGUGAGACCUGGAGACCAUUGCACGUACAUUUGAAAUCGGAGAGGAGGCCCGACUGUCUCGGAAAAUGAAGUGUUGGCGUUGACUGCAGGGGAUCGGAGCGCGAGCACAUGUGCGCCAGUGUGGGCUUGGCGAGCCGCGCUGACCUCCACUGUGGACACAUGAGGAGCGCGCUGCACCCAAGCGCAUGGUGCUGAACGCCUCCCCCUGCGUGCCACAGGAAUUCAACACCAGACCCGAGGCAAUUUGCUGUUUUUGCAGUGCGUGUGUGCGGCGGUAGGGAUGGUGUUGGCAGUCGUACAACAACGAUAAAGGCAGAAUGACAACCCCAACAACGCUUGAUCGCACCGUGCGACCAGCGCUGACACGGCGCACCCACUGACUCCUCGGAGGGCAGUGGUGGUGGUGGUAGUAGUAGUUGUGGCGGUGAUGCGAUCAUGGUGGUCGUCUCAAUGCCCGCAAACGAGUGGUCUGCCUGUCAGCCCCAACCACCCCAUCACCCGCAGCCGACAGAGCGUUCGAGAGAAUUUCGACAGCGGGGAAUGCACUUCUGUUUAAACCAGCGGAAAAGCGACAGAGAGAUAAAAAAGAGGGGAAAGAGCCUACCACUAUGGUUUUGCCCGUGAGUGGCUCAGUUGUUGAAUAAAAACCCAGCGAGCCCAAGUGGGUAGGUAGCAGUGAAGUACUUGGAAAGGGGAUAUGCCAAGAAGUGAGGUAAUCCUGCCUGCUUCUAAGGUCUAAGUUGCACGCGCCAAGCCGUCGAAGUUUUUGUACUGCAUGCUACGCCACAGCAUACAGCGAAAUUCGUUGGUUGAAGGAUGCGUUUUCUCUACAUAGCUGUAAUUAAGUGCCUUGUAGAGGAGACUCGUGUGGUUUCACUAACAUACUACGAUAAGUGUUGCCGAGACCGCACAUAAGGAUCCAAAUGCUCGUGAUAGUCACAAAAGGAAACCAUCGGGAAACCCAGGCUUGUAUAAAAUUACGGGGUAAACGGCUAAGGGCACACAAGCGAGACGAAUUGCGAAUUGGUCUUCACGGUGCCUCACACGUUCGCCUCGUUCAAGUGUCCCUUUUCAUUUUCUUUUGUCCGUUACUUCUUAUAAUCUUUUCAGAGGUAAUGUCAUAUAUAAUUUAGAUCCCAGUCGGGACGUGAAGUUCCACCUGAAUUCCAUUUACAACACAUAACGCAGAUCCAGCAUUUAACACACGUCUACCGCAGUCACGUCUUUGCACGCCCCAGAUCCGGCCUCUAUCCUACGCUCCUCGUCUUUGCGACCACUUCCCCCUCCCAAUCUCUAACAAACGUGGUCCUCACCCCGCAACAAUUUCGUUCUUCCGUCUCGCUGACUGAGUAUGCCGCGAAUAAGAAAAGGGGUAGGCUGUUGAAUAAUCUACGGAAGGACUUAACAAGUCCGGUUUAGAAGAGAACUCUGAAUUCACUCAAUAAAUUUCGGUGGAGUUAUAACGCUCACCUUGAAAAGUUGUCACACCGGAAACUACAUACGGGGAAUGCUGAGACCUUUCACAGCACCUAAGAUCAUGGGUAGGCCCUAACCACUACGAUUCUCCGGUCAGGCCCUGAGUAGGAGAAGAUAGAUGUCAGUAGAAAUGGAGUUUUUUCGUGUAGAAUGCAUGAGUCAUAAAGCAGGCAUCCCUUUUGUUGACGGAUGCCUGCACGGUCAGUUGUGAGACCUGCGGGUCUACAGGAAAGCCUCGGAGACUGCGCAACUUCUCCGUUUUCACAGCAACCAUCCGAUGGCUCACAAAAGAAGCUGUACAAGAACACUCUUUAAACAUGUCCAGACCAACUUCAGCAACACGGAAGAAACGGCACGCGAGGCGCGAUAGCUCCACGAGCAAUUUAUUCGGAAUGGUUAUUCGGAGUUUAUAAGUCGAUGCCUAUGUGUUCGCCUCCGGAGGACCCCACCGAUGACAUGGUAUGCUUUGCCAUACAUCAAAAACGUUUUAGGGGCGGCCGAGUUCAUUACUAGGGGACUAGGUGUUGGAGAUGUCCACUGGAUCAAAGCUGAGAUGCGCAGCAAUGUCAUUAAAAUCAAUACCGGUUGAACCCGAGGGAGCAGUCACCGUAGUGUAUCGUAUUCCGUGCAAAAACUGUCCUUCCGAUUAAGCAGGUCGAACUGAACACAUCCUCAGAUCGCGCAUACACGAUCAUAAGGUGGCUGUGAGCAACCGGCCGCCCACAUCUUUGAAACGGGUCACGAGUUUAACAUCUCAGCCACCAAGAUAAUCGCCAUGCCGAAAACAAGAUAAGCCGAGAAUUGAUUGAAGCUUGGGCCUUGAAUGAGAACCCAGCCAAUCGAUAUAUCGAUUUGGCGAACAGCCUCCAUAACUAUCACCUGUUCUGGUGUUGCUUUUAUCUCUGACAGUGGACUCCUGCAGGAGUUCAAAAGGUCAGACAAAUAAACAGAUGGCUCAGGUGCUCAUCAUUCGCGUCCACAACGUCCGUUCUGUCCGAGACAAGUAAUUCCGAGCUACGUUGAGAAGGCGUAAGAUGGCUGGAGGGUGAGCGACGAAAAAAACGAUGCAGAGGCGAGUUGUCUAGUGAACGAUGAGGGCGUAGGUUCGGUGACGUAGGACAGCGUAUGAUAAACUGUGUGCCACGAUAUAAUAGUUCGUGCAGCAGGAUAUCUUUCGUGUGCUGCGAAACAAAUCUUCAAUUUCUUAGAUCUCCUUCAAUGCGAACAGAUUAAAAAAUUCAACUGGCGAACACAUGUUUUCGGUAAUUUGUCGCCAAGUCAGUACAGUUACAUGGAGAAUGAACUUUUGAGUUAUGGACAGGAUUUAAAUAUGUCUCAGGGGGCAGAGUUAGUCAGACUCCUUGUUCCCACACCGCCUGCAUUACAGAGUCAGCGUGUUAAAGACGGUGGAGCUGGGGCGGGGGGGAUGGGAGGAGAGGAGGGGCUGGGGUUAGGGAGUAAACGUAGUCUCUAUGUCAAACACGCGGAGUGCGUGUGACUGCUCUCAGGGCGGUGGGGCGACGUGCGAUCACCGCUUGGACUCGGCCACGGAAGACAGACUGUCCGUGUCAGCGUUUUCUGACAACAGAGGGUCGGAUUCGCUAAUCGAAUAGCCACCUCCUCGGCAGUUGCUAGCACCCGUUUGCGCAGGCCCUUAGAGUAGUGUGCUGGCGCCCGGUAGAUAACUUGAAAGGCUUCUUUGGCAUCGACUUGGUGGUUCGUAUCGUUCAGACGUGUGAGAAUUUAAGUUGGGAUAGAUCGACUUUCCCCUUUAUCUGGCCGGGCAGGCAUGUGUUCGCGUAUCCUCUUUUCCAGAGGCCUCGUUGUACGGCCAAUGUAAGCCGCUCCACAGGAGCAGGUGAAUGAAUAGAUACACAUCGAUAUGGCCUGCAACGGCAGUCGGUCUUUGCCCUUCAACCGUAGUAGGGAAGAGCUUGCGAAGAUUAUGCACAAAUUAUCCGCGGGGGAGGCACUCGUGACAGCCCUCCUAAGACGUCGUCUCGCCAAUUCGCUUCCUGCGUCUCCUACAAAAGACAGUCUUAGAAAUAAGUCUUUCUUUUCUGCAGUUACAACGGAUGGCGUAGACGGUCGCCAUGGGCUUGUCGGUCAGUACGCGCGCGCGGCCGCAAUCGCCUGCGCCAGCGAUUGUCCAAAGUUCCAAGACGUCGGAGCGUCUGUGCAAAGAUAGGUGACCUUGGGGUCUUAAGUAGCCACAACACGAAGUCUGUAAAACCCUGACGAGAGAGCAGCAAUAUUAACCAGCGAUCUGCUCAUCUCUCAUCUCAAUGCUAACGCCGAAGAGCACGGACACAUGUAUUUCCGUAAACCAGACGAUAGUUCGACCGCCGAUUUCGACGAUGUCCACCGUGUGCCCCACAGCGGCAGCAGUGGGAGCAGGGACGGUGACUUGCGCAGGGAUUUAUACUGCCAGUAAACUUGCGCUGCAUCCACCUACUCUCUCCUCCUCCCCCGCCUGAGUCCGGUGUCAAGAAAAAGUCAAGAACACCGGAGACGGGGGAGGUCGCAGGUGGAUGGCUCGGACGGAUCCUCGCCUUGGCGCUCCACUCCGCACCCUCUGGUCCACACAACAAUGACCAGGAUUUCGACCAAAAAACAAUGGGGUGAUGGCAGUGGUCCAGUUGUGCGACGAUUACCGACAACAGGGUCUGCCAGCGCACCCCGCAGAUGUUGGCAUUUGUUAUUGCGCACAGAUAACGCCUGCCAGAAUCCGAUGUGGCCCCGUGUUGGUCCAGCGCAUCCAACGUGGCCCGUUUGGAGGGCACACGUAAACCAGACACAUGCUGUAGCGCACGCCCCAGAAUGAUAGAGCCCUACAAAGCCGUGAUCGGCCGGCGAAAGUAUUUAGUGCAAUAGCCGGCACACCAUACCCUCUUUGGUCCUGUUAACCCCGGACCCCAGUUCCGCUGGGUGUCUGGAAAUGAAUGAAUGCAAGAACUAACAAAUUCAAUCAGCAUCUUCUCCGGCCUUGGACACCGCAAGAACCUGGCGUCUCAUCGACGUCCUCUAGGCAGAGUUCAGUCAACUGCUGUAGACAGUGCAUCAUACUGAAGGCACGAGAAGAAGGAACUGUGCGGUCAUCAGCACAGGAAGGGGUGUUGGCUGGUUGGCCAACGACUUACCCUUCUGCUUCGAGGGCGAUAUUGUGAUCGCUUCCCUAGAUUAUGUUCGGUGACACCGGGUUUACUGGGUGACGUUAAGCAAAAGUAGUUUAAUGGGACUGGUUAAAAAUGUUUAAUAAUGAGAAUGAUAAAUAACCGCCAUAUUUGUUUUCCCAGACAUACAGGGUGUCCCAAAAACGCGUACAGACUUGAGACAACUAUAAAGCCAGUGCCCAAUAACAUUUAUUUUCAUAAUGAGGUUGAGCCUACGUCGGGUAAUUAUGUCGUCAACGCCUGUUUACGAACUGUUGUCCGCUCCGGUCCAAGCACUGCCGAUAACGCGAAGUAAUGGAAUGGCAAACACCAAAGAAACAUUUUGCAUGGUAUUUGAGUGCACCUCAAUUAAAUGCCUACUCUCAACGCAGUGACUGUUGCCAGCUUUGUAGCACAGACUGUUUCUUCUAAGUAUCCCUGAACAAAAAGUCUCCGGGUGUGCGAUCCGGUAUACAAGGUGGGUAUUUUCUGAAAUCUUCGUCCGAUCCACCCGAUUAGCAAAACCCCAUCACGGCAGGAUCUUGCGUUACGAUGGUGACGUGGGGUGUCUCGUCCUGCGGGAAAUAAAGCUCAUUUUCAAAGACCUCUCUAGUGUUUGGCUCGACAGACUGUUACUGCAGUUUAAGUAAAGGGGACCGUUCACAGUAACAUCGAAAAACAAUGGUCUGACUAAUCGCCUUGGUGGAAAGACACACCAGAUUGUAGCCCUAAGUUCGGUGUGGCCAUCUGGUCCUGGUCCUUACGUAUAUAAGGACGCGGGACUUCAUAAGCCGCGGGAAAAUCCAGCUGAUUGUUGAUAGGGCUGGCAUCUGAAUACCACGCCUUAAGCGUGAGUCGCUCUGUUCAUGAGGUGCUCCGGCCUAAGAUGGUCGUUUCUUGAAAGUCAAAAAUGCGACCGGGCUUCGGUAGGUGGCAGCCUGUCCUUAAGUCAGUGUGCGCCUGUGUGCAACUGGGCAAGUACAAACGACAGUAUUCAGGAAAUCCACCGGCACGAGGAAAAUACUACACUUCAACAACUACACUGUUUCACAAACGUUACUGCGUCGGGUCUGUUCUAAAGAGUUGAAAACACUACAUCACUACGGCCGAGAAAAGGGCUGAACAGCGAUACUUUCAUGACCUUUUCUGGGUUACUGGAUACUCAAGAUAUUUUACCAAGCAAAGCACGCACUGAAUGGACAGACGGCACCCAAAAAGAGCAGCAACCCAAAGUCAGCUACCUAUCGAAACCUCGGCAAUUAAUCACCAAAAAUGUUGCAACGAUGGGGACUGCAACAGCGUCAGAGAAACUGGACAAAAGUUGCAGUGCAGCCUACAUGAACAACUCCGCUCUUUAAACCGCAUCUCUUUUGAUUACAGUAUGAGCUAAUCUUGGUAUGAAACUUUUCCAAUGAAAGUACUUCAAAAUAAGAUGGACGGGCCAAUUCGAAAGAAAUAUUGAUGGACUCAUCAGCUGCCAAAGUGCCGAAAACGCCUCUGUGGAGAACCGCUGGUGUCAACUGCGUGACACAGUCCAAUCGACGGCGCUCGCCGUCCUCGGUCGCGCUCCCCGCCAACACCAGGACUGGUUCGACGACAACGACGCCGCCAUCAGCAAUCUGCUUGCCGAGAAGAACCGCCUACACAAAGCCUACGUAGAUCAUCCCACUGAGGACAACAAAGCCGCCUUCUACCGCAGUCGCCGACAGCUUCAGCAACGACUGCGCGAGAUGCAGGACGCCUGGACUGCUCGCAAAGCUGAGGAGAUCCAAGGCUACGCGGACCGCAACGAAUGGAAGAACUUCUUCUCCGCGAUCAAAGCUGUCUACGGUCCGCCGACGAAGGGCACUGCUCCUCUCCUCAGCGCUGACGGCAGCACUCUCCUGACUGAGAAGACGCAAAUCCUGCAGCGAUGGGCCGAGCACUUCCGAGGCGUCCUCAACCGCCCUUCCGUCAUCUCCGACGCCGCCAUCGCCCGCUUGCCGCAAGUGGCGACCAACGUGGACCUCGACCUCCCGCCAUCUCUCCAGGAAACUAUCAGGGCCGUGCAGCAGCUCUCCAGCGGGAAAGCACCCGGAUCGGACGCAAUCCCAGCUGAGGUCUACAAGCACGGAGGUCCCCUACUGAUGGAUCACCUGACUGCGCUCUUUCAGGAGAUGUGGCGUCAAGGUGAGGUCCCGCAAGAUUUCAAGGACGCAACUAUCGUGCACCUAUACAAGCGAAAAGGGAAUCGUCAAGUCUGCGACAACCACCGCGGCAUCUCCCUACUGAACAUCGCCGGGAAGAUCUUCGCUCGCAUCCUGCUCAACCGCCUCAACAACCAUCUGGAACAGGGCCUUCUGCCGGAAAGCCAAUGCGGCUUCCGUCGUCAUCGUGGGACCACGGAUAUGAUCUUCGCCGCCCGCCAACUUCAGGAGAAGUGUCAGGAGAUGCGUGGACCUGACGAAAGCCUUCGACACGGUGAAUCGUGA